AGCUGAGAUUUUGGGGAGAGAUGGAACCAUAGAGUUUGAGGCGAUGUUAGCCGGUCUCCUCGCCUGAUUGGACCGGGGAGAGAUGAUGUCAGACGACCGCAUGCGCCCCGGAUUGGAGAGAGUGGAGUAAACAAAGCCGCGAGGAGGAGGAGGAGAGGUCUCCACAUCUCCAGACAGUCCGACCGACACACCGAAUCCGACUUUACGCACAGGAGAGGGCGGCCCGGCGGCGCUUACUCGUCUGCUAACGGCUUAAAGUAACACUGACAGUUCGACUUUAAUGGGUGACGCGCUGAAAAUACUUUUGGAAAAGCUAAAGGGAAAUUUGCCACCGUCGUUAUAUCCGGACACAGUGCAGCUUCUCGUGAAAGUGAGAGACAGAUUAUCAAACUCCGCGCGUAACUGUCCGAAAAGUAUCGAAGGACUCACUCGACCGUGUUCAGCGUGUUUAUUCCGAGAUAAUGCAAUAAUGAGAAAUUAAAGUGAAGUUUACUCAGAGCAGACACGCAUCGGCUAUGCUGCCUGAUCGUUUGGAAACGGCCAGAAUUAGGCUACCAGACCAGAGCAUGGUCUGAUAAUUGGAAAACAGACACAGUAGGGGAGACAAAGUAAGAGAUAAAGAAGUCUAAAAACUUUCGGUGCAUUUUGAGGCUCGUCUGUGGGAACGUCAGACAGCCUCUCCCGUCCAGGUGUCCCGCCGAGCGGUGCGGAGUCUCCAGCUCAGGCCGGCAGCGCUGACAUGCUGCCCAAAGUCGAGACUGAAUCCCUGGGACUCUCUCGAUCGUAUGGGGAACAAGGGCACAUGCCCAGGAAUAUGCAAGGUAAGAGCUGCAGUUCACUUUUAUUCUUAAUACGGAAGGAGGAAACUGAUUCACGGGCUUUCACUUUGUAGAAACGUUCAGAUCGUUGGCAGAUAUGGACCGUUCUCGGACUUCAGGUUCUCUCGGUGCGCACGCUAAUAUCACAAAAACUUCACAACACGAUUAUAGGACGCAUUUUCUUCGGACGACACAAACCAUUUACUCCUCACUGUUUGUAGACUUUUACCGAGUGAUCACCUGGUCCAAAUAUAAGACAGGUGAAGGUCGUUGGUAGAAUUUAUGAAUCACACUUUUGGGUUUAUGUUACUGUAAUUUCCUCUUCUCAUUACAUGGUGUAAAACUGAGACACAAUAGAAACAGAUCAAACAAGGACACAUUUUUUUACGUUUGGCCGGUGAUCAGACACAAUUAUUUUACUCAGCUGUCAUUCAUGCUGGAGGUGUGAGCAGGAGCAGGUUAUGCGUAAAGAGUCGAGGGAGUUCGUGCAACAACUUUUUACGCAAAGGCUGGACAGUAAAAUUGUCCUUCUACAAAGAGCAGUUGAAUUGGAGUUUAUGCACCUUUAUGUGUGCAGAAUCUAAUUUUAGUCAUGUCAUUUGACUGACCUAGAGUUGUUACACUUUGGUUUUUCAAGUUUUUGUAGGCCUACUUCUUUUUUAACGCGAAAUAAAUCAAAAUGUAGGCAGCAGAAAAACCACACGCUGACUUUUUUUAAAAAUCUAGCCCAAAAUAAUUAAUGCAAGUGUGUUUGAAGGGGAUCCACUAAGUGCCUUUAUGGUGCUGAUAUGGGUAAUGUAGUUUAAAUUCAUUUUGGUUUAUUUAUUUUUUAUCUCAGUGAGGAUGUCAAACACACUGCAAAUUUUGGUUUGGAUCUUAAAAUUAAAUGUUGAUGCCUAAAAAUGUGCAGAUUGAUUGAGAGGGAAAAAACCCUGAUUGGGCAUUUAUCUUCACUUUUCUUCGGCCUGUAUUAAAAUAUAUUCUGUUGGUGUGUUUCUUUUAAGUAUCGCCAUCAAAUGAAAGAGGGACUGUCUCGUCUGCCCUCAUUCCCCUCCUGGCAAUUCACCGCGACAUACAUGGACAAUCAAUUAGCCCGCUCGUGCUUUAUGAGCCGCUGAUAACAUACUCUACUCACAAGACAAGGAGUGGUUGCGUGCGCACUGAGCCCGUUAUCUACUUUUACGCAGGACUUAAAACAAGGUAGCUCGGCCUCGAUAGCGAUUUUUUUUUUAGGAUUCACAUUUUCGUACUUUUUUGAGAGGAAAUAUAACGAGACCGCAGGUGAGAGUGAUGUGUGUGUGUGUGUGUGUGUGUAGUCACCUCUGGAAGUAAUGUAACCUCCACGCUCUUCAGACACUUGAAUGCAGAAGGGUCAGAUUUCUCUCUGUUUCUCCUCAUAUCUAAAUGAAAUAAAAAAUAAUAAUAAUCAUUACAGAAAUACUCAUGUUUGUCAAAAAAUGAACCUCUAAUUAAGAAACCAGAACAGAACAGAACAACAUCACAUAAAUUGGCUAACUUUGAAUGAGACUUAACUCGAGUAAAUCUCAGAAAAAUGACAUUUUUUAUUUCUUUUCUUUAUUUCCUUUAAGAGGGAGCCAUUCUCUACGUAAUGCAACGAAAUUAAGGUUUAUAAGUGACCCCCUUUUGUUAAAACAUGUCCAUAUCUACGUUUAUUGAGCUUCAUAAAACCAAAUCCUGAAAAAAAACUCUCUUUUGGGGGGCUUACGUGCAGAAAAAAAGGAAAUUGAGGACUGCUCGGUGGAACUUGUUGCUUCAGCUGGAAUAUGCAGCGCGGCUCCCAGCAGGGCGACGCGCUAACAAACCAGAAUUCAUGUCUAAUUAAAAGGUCUGUGUGAGCUCAUGAGUGGCUUCUGAAGUGGGGCAGAAAUAUGUGUGUGAGUGAGUAAGCGUGUGUGUGUGUGUGUGUGUGUGUGUGUGUGCGUAAAGGGCCCACGAAGGCGUCUCGUUGACAAAAUAUUUCCACUUUUAUAGCCACAUACUCUGAAGCUUUUUCCUGUUUGAUCCUGGCUGCUUUUUUAUGAUUGGAACCAUAAAUGCUUUUGUAAGUGUUGUAAAUGUCAGCCUGGCUGUUUGCUUAGCGCUGUCACAUUCACACUCUUAUCAAUGCAAGGAGGCUGCAACAAAAGUCAGCGCAAUAGUAUUUUUGUCCUUUUAGUGUUUAAGGUCUAACAUCGUAAUUUAAAGAAAAAAAUGGAGACAGGUGUUUUUAUUUAAUUGUAGUACUAAUGGCGUUUUUUUUACACAGAGGAUGUCAAAUAUUGUCAUGAGUUCAGUAUUAGACCAUUUUUCCCCCGGUAGAAAAUCAUUUAAUUGUGACGUUUUCUUAAGCAAACACACAUAAAAAGAAACUAAAUCAACCGGUCUGCAGCAUCCUAAGUUAUUCUUCGAGAGGGAAAAAUAUUGUUGGUUCAAGUAGCUCUUUGCAUGUUUUUUUUUUCUGCUCGCCUGCAGAGAUAAGGGCUUCUCUGUGUGUCUUCAUUUGUCUGUGGGCGGUAACAUUUUCUCCUCCAAUCCUUAACUCUAAUAUCUCUCCAUUUCCCCCAGCGAAUUCACGACUUAGAUGCAUGCAUAUUUAUGAGGCUCACUUUCAAGCACUUUUUUCUUCGUCUUUUUUUUUUUCUUCUUCUUCUUCUCAAAAUCUUUUUUGGCUUCUGUCUGCAGCGAGUGUAGAGGAGCAGGCGGCAACAAGAAGAAAUAAAUGAUCGCUUCCUUUCAACUCAGUCCAAAAAUGGACUACAAAUUAAACCUCAACAAGUCCAACAGAACUUCACACAAAAACAUCUCGUCCAGUUACGUUGCGUGCGUGCUUCCCCGUGGUUCACAUUGAUGGAUGAACGCGGGAUUUUUGGAAAAAGAGAUUUCACAGCACUGAAAUAGACUCCUCUCUCUGUGUCUCCUCCGCAGCACCCCAGAUAAAAAUGAUGGACUACUCAUAUGACGAAGACUUGGACGAGAUGUGUCCCGUGUGCGGAGACAAGGUUUCAGGUUAUCACUACGGACUGCUGACCUGCGAGAGCUGCAAGGUUAGUGCCCUCAUUGUACUGAAAAAUACAACAAGUGUGCCAUUUUCCGGGCUUGUAAUAACUUCCAAACCUGUACGAAUAUUUCACAUUUAGUUUCCUGAUUGGUGCUUUUAUUUUGAAGGUCCUGCAGUGCAUCGUGGGCUGGCAGGCUUAAAUGUAAAGUAGUUUAAGAUGGGUUGAUUGUGUUAUCAUCAGAUGUGUUUAAAGUUUUCAUAAACCCUCCUUAAACCUCCUUUAAAAAAAUUAUCAAAAAAUCUUUACAUGAGUUUCAUUUUCUUUGAAUUUUGCACAUAAGGCCACAUUUAUGGGGCAACUUACAAUAUAAACAUUCAACACUUUCAUGAGUCAAACCAUGCUCCUCUGUAAAUAUGCAUUCUGUGCAUUUAGCCGUCAUUCUUAUUCAGACUGACAUGCAACAGAUCUGCAAAGAUUCAGUUCCUUGUCAUCAAAGUUUGAGGGAAAUCUAAGGUGGAGAGGCCGUGGGUCAAAUCUUGUUGUGACAGUCGCUCUAUAAAUCUUUUCCUGUGGGUGUCAGAGGGAUCUAGGAUGUUUGAGAGAGUCUUGAAAAAGCACGUUAAGUGUUUUUGUAAUUUUCACCACUAUACCAGACACAGAGGGGGAAUGUAGUGACAAAGUACACAAUAAUCCUGCCUGUGUUUGUUAUAGCCUGCACCCAACUGUUUAAAAAUCAUCACAUGCUCAUUAAGAGAGCAGCAACAUUGUACGGCUGCGAAAUAUUUCACACACGCUAAUAAUGAGGCCAUAGCAAAGCAAACAGUUGCUGCUUUUAAUUCGAGCUCCAUCAUCAGCCUGUUUGUCCCUUUCUGCCUGUUUCCACCGUUCUCAACGCCGAGCUAACAGGCGCAACCAGAGUUUUUUUGUUCGCCCAGUAAAGCUGUCAGCACAAAAUGAAGCAAAGACAAAUGUCUCUGUGUUAACACUAUUCAGUGUAAAAAUUGCAGCUUGCAGUAUUGAUGCAGCAGAGCACAUUUCUUGCCUAUGUGGUCAUUAUUCAAAGCAGAUGUUAUAGAUUUGAUCCCAUAUUAUUGACCUUGAGAUGCAAAGCACUUGCUUGAAGGGAGACGUCAGUGGCAGUGUCUCUGCUGUUUUCAAGCCUUAGCACAGAGCCCAAACCACAAACACACUCCCCAGUUUAGCUGAAGACGCUCUGAUGUGUGUGUGAGUGUGCAUGCAGGAUGUAGAUGAAGAGCUCUUUUAUGAGGCGCUGCAUAUCCUUGUUGAAACAUGAAUAAUAUUGAUUGAUCACCUGGAGCUCAUCAUUGAUUAUCUCUAAAAUGCAUGCAAUCUGUUCAGUGAAAGUAGGAUUGUCAGGGCGGAACUGAUAUAUCAGUUUGUUGACGUUACAGGCUGAUAUUAGCAUUAAAUAUCCGUUAUCAGACAGGGAGUGCAAUUUAUCUCCACCUUAAUGGCCACAGCUGUGAAAAACUGAGAAAAUAGCAUCUCUGUUUUAUUCUAUUGUUUGAUAUUACGAUUUAAAAAAAAAAAACUAAAAAAAAAAAAGGUAGUUUUGCGCCGCCGGGAAAUAAUCACAUUUCCUUUACACGAGGUAUUUUAUUUUUGAAAUACUCCAUCUUUUGUGAUCAGAGUUGCUUUUUCGUUGUGAUUGGUUUUGCAAGCUUUGUGGCUUAGGAACAAACAUUCACACACAUGCACACACACACACGUAAGCACACACAUGCACAUACAGGAAAAGAGCACAAAAGAGUGAAUCUCAUGAGAAAGAUUGUUUAACUGCCCGAUACAACCCCAACUCUUUGUACCCACAUGCUGACACAGUCUAAACAUGCAUGCACAUCCCUUCUACUCGCACACACAUGGACAGUUCAAACUACAUGCUAGUUUACGUAAAGUAAACGCAGGAGAACAUCAUACUUGUUAAAAAAAACAAAACGAGCUAAAAGGGUUGUCAUGGACUUCGCUGCACACACACGCAGUCGAAGAGAUAGAGCAACAACAGGAGCAGACAACUUUAUGAUACUGUAAUACUGGUAUAAAGUAAGAAGGUCAAAGGUCAGAGACAAAGUGCAUAUUUGAAAAUACGGAUUUAAAACAUGCAGAAGUAAAAAAAAACAUAAUAUUAGCACAGCUGAAGCAGACUCUGGCCUUGAGUGACAAAUAAAAUCAGUUUCCUGUUGCUCUUAUGUGCAGAGAGUGUCGUGUUUUUUUUUAACCGAAUAUGACAAAGUCAAAGUAGACUUUUUUUUAUAUAUUUCAGAUUAUUGUGACGAUUUUACAAUUUAUUUCAAAGUGCCCCUCUUUCUGUAUGAAUCUUUAGCUUUGUGACUUUUAAUUGAAAAAGAUUGAAUUUGCACACUGACAUCCAUUCAUGACAAACAAGACGCCUUUGACAGGUGACACUUCUUUGUCCUCAUCAAAUUAAAGCUCUGCUGUGAGACACCGUCGAGUUAAAUCUCAUACGUAAUAUUGUGCGUUCUUAAAAGCACGCUCGAAACCAGUUUGGUUCAGAUAUUUUUACCACAUGCGCUGCACUAAAUGGAAAAUUGGGGAGAAAGUUCCUUCUGAAGCAUGGAUUUUUCAGCCCUGAGAAGUCGAUAAUCCAAAACCGAGUGCGGUGGAUUUUUUUUUCUUUUGGACAUAUCAGGCAAUGCAGAUUGUCAAUUAAAUUUGUGUUUGGUGAGAUAUUGACAGCAGCAAGUUCUUUUUUUAUUUUUAUUUCUUUAAAGAGCAGGUUUAAGGAUUCUCCUCCUAGGUUAUGGAUCUAGAAUACGUUAAUACUAUCUCUCCCUGGUUUGAUUUUCCCUGCUGCUGCUUAUCAUUAAUUCCACGUUGCAGGUAUGAAUCUCUGUAAUCCCGGAACUGUGAAUUAUGGAUAUAAUUUAUUGGAUCUUUUGGGCUCCUGUGCUCAUAUUUUUCAAUAAUUAAGUGAGGAGCUGAAAAGAUGCUUUCCUGGUAAAUUCCUUAGUCCUUAUGGGAACAGAAAAUAUUAAGAAUAGUAAUGUAAUUUUUACAAGACAAAUAUUUGAUUUCUUUGAUCUUUAUUGAGACGUUUAUUAUGCAGACUGAAUGUUUUUUAUUGCUAAAAAUAUGAUACAAUAAUGUGAAUCUGAUGAAAAGUGUACGUUUUUUAAUAACUCUUUUUGUAAUUUAAUCAGAGGUUAUACAAAAUUGUCAUUUUUACAGGUUUGUGUCCUUCUUUGAAUUCUGCUUUUGUCUGUUCGUGCUUUUAUGUGUUUGUAUCCAUUAAGUCUGUCCCCUCCAUCUGUCUGGGAGUGUGAAUGGACCAAUUACCGUGGCAUUGCAGGGGUCAAGCGGGUUGACAUCUUAAUUGGUUCUCUCUGUAGGGCUUCUUCAAGCGCACCGUCCAGAACAACAAGCGCUACACAUGUAUAGAGAACCAGAGCUGCCAGAUUGACAAGACCCAGAGGAAGCGCUGCCCGUACUGCCGCUUCCAGAAGUGCCUCACCGUCGGCAUGAAGCUAGAAGGUACGGCACAAUGCUCACAUUUUUUCAGCUCUGCAGGACUCAGGUUUGAGUUUUGUGUUUGUACCUAUGUGUGUGCAUAUUAAGCAUGAGGUUAUGAUGAGAUAUACCAGGAGUGCUCAUCAGAACUGGGCUGGUAGAAAGUGCAUGGCUUAAAAAAAAGUUUGGGGAUUGUAAAAUAAUUAAAAUUUUAUAUUUUUUUUCUAAAAGGCGAAAGGUGCAGUGUACAGUACAUACUGACUGCAGGGACUUUAAAGACUGUUGGACUAGUACUAACUUAUAUCUGUAUGUUUAUAAGUGGGGGGUGAAACAUUUAAAGCUUAUUCUUUAGAAAAAGCAUCUAUUUCAGAAUGUGAUAUAAAAAAUAUAUUGAUUACUUUGAAUUUUGAUUGAUACAUACAUGAGUUAGUAACAUUUUACCAACUUUGAAGCUGCUUUUAUGAACCUGGUUUUAAUUUCUAUAUAUAGUUAGAGAGUGUACACUGCUCUUGGUAGAUGAUUCUGUUUUUUAUGCUCAGCCUUUAUCUGUUAAGUAACUUCUGCUGUUGUGAAAGUUGUUGAAUUUGUGGUAGAGCGAACCCGUAUUGUAACAGACUGAACUGAAUUAAGUACAAAAUUAAGAAUACCCAGAAAAUCCCAAAAAUGUCUGCACCAAGGUGCUGUACUUGAGUAUAAAUUAUUGGUUUAAUCCCACAACUGCGGGUAGUUUGGGGUGUCCAGACCUCCCAGCUAACUUUCACCACAUGCUGUUAGAAAUCAGAUUUUUUAUAAAAGAUUAUAAGAGAACAUUAUCUUUUUACAGCGUACAUGCAGUGCUGUUUUUCAGAACUACUUCAUGAAUAGUUGAGCACAGAUUUUGUCCAUUCUGGGGUUUAAUAUUUAACACUGCUAGCUUAAAUUUGAUCAAGAACUUGCUGUACACAUCUGCUGGAGUCGAGAAGCAGAUUGUGUUAUAACAGUCUGAGCGCUGCAUCAUUUAUUCUUCCAGAUUAUCAUACCUGUGUGUCGUUAAGUAAAGAAACAUGACAACACAGAGCGGCUGAAAGAGGAGGCUGGCUGCUUCUCGACGUCAGCAGAGGUGCUCUAAAAACUUCUUCCAAAGCAGCGAACAGACAGAGCUAGUCUUUGUCCGUUUUGUCUAAGUAUGAUCGUGGUUAAUUGUUGGAUUUAACAUUUUGGAGACCAAAGUGAAAAUAUACUUAUCAUAACUAAAAAGUUUCCUCUCAAAUUGACAUGUCUACCUUUAAAAAAGCCUAAUACCUGUCCUGACAUGAUGAUUGCCCGUAUGAAAGGAUAGAUUAUAUUUAUUUUAACAUUUGACAAUGAACAUCUCAGUAAUAUCCUUUCAUGAAAAUGUAUACUCAGAACAUUUUGAGGUAAAACCUUUAAUUUCUCCCUCAAUGUGAAGGUCCAGCAUUGAUUAUUAGCAUUUGAGAUGGGGUCAAGGGGAGUUGGGGGGGAUCUGGUAGCAGCUCUGCACUUAAACUUGCCAGACAGGGUAAUAGAUAAAAUAUUAAACUUGGCGGUGGGGUGAGAAUAGUAAUGCUGAUACUUUUGGCCGGCCGUUUUGAGGCCUCUUUGUUUGAUUUGAACGUGGCUCAGGAGCUUGUUCAAACACGGCUGUCCAGAAGUGACAGCAUGGCGGGGGCGAGAAAACUUCUCCCACUGCUCAAAAAUAAUAUUUAAAAUCAAUUAUAUCUCUACACAUGAGUUGCGACAUUUAUUCUGAAAUCUCUAAUUUUGGAAUGAAGAAACCUGAAGGUAAUUUUACAUGAAAAAAGGGGGUUGAAAGCUACAACAGUAAUAGUCAUGAUUAUGUGGCAGUUAUGGUGAUCCUCCGCAAUAAAACCUCAAAUUGUUGUACUUUGUGCUGUCUUUUUCAGAGUACUUGUUAUUCAAACAGUUUUAGUUUUACAUCAAAACAGAAUUAUUAAAAGUUUUUGUAAUUUAAUCUAAAUUAUGAAUCCCCAGACUCUUGAAACACACACACAAUUGAGAAAAGUUAAUGUAUAAAAGAAAAGAGACCCUUGGAGGGUAACAGUAGAGCAAACACAGCCUAACUAAAAUCUUUCCGGAGGCUUCUUCUCCCUCUACCUGCCAUGUGGGCUGUAAUUAAUUGCUGUUAAUUGUGAAUGGCCGCUGGGCACAAUGUCCCGGCCUGUCAUUUUCCAGCUGACAGGGGUGGGGAGGGGGGCUCUGUUUGAUUUGUUUUGCUGGCGGUAGCUUUCAGCUCGGGGGCACGACGGGCCCUGCAGCACUCUGUCAGGGGCCAGACGCUGCGGUGGGCGACUCCUGCCAUGACCGGUAAAGACGUCCCGUGCAAAAAAAGCUGACACCCCUCAACACACACACUCCUCUUUCCUGGUAAACACAUAUAUUAUUCAUGAGGAGCCCAAAAAGGUGGUCAGAAGGCCACAGGCGAGAGAUAGAAGCUGCUGUUUGAUCUAGAAAAAAAAAAAAGUGUGUACAAUAGCAGAAAAAAGGAAACAGAGGUUUGGGGUCAUGUGCUUUGUUAUUGCAAUCAUUUCAUUCCAUUACAUAGCAGCUUGCAGCAACAUGUGAAUUCAGGAAAUUGAGUGGAAACCAAAUGUGAGCAAAAAAAUGUGAGGAGGGGACUUUAAAGUUGAUUCAAAGAGUUCUGUUUAUUUUUGCCUGUCUGGUGUUGUUCAGUGUCCUUCCUGUUUGUUGAUUAGUCUGCCAGCCAAUGGGACGCUGACAUGUACAGUUUGAAGUUUGCUGCGCUGGCGGCCUCACAGUAAAGAAGAGGGAGUUUGUGUUUAAAGUGGAGAGGAGGCAGUGAAAUAAGGUGGAAUGGUGCUGUGACGUGACUCUCACCCUCAGUCGUAUUAUCUCAAGGUGAUGAGAAAAGAAAGAAGAAUUUUAGAGUUUUUUUCCACAACUAGUUUAUAAUCAUGACACUAUUCAAAGUAGAAAACUCCUUUUUUAAAUGUCUAACUUCUAUAAAACCACAUUUUGUCUUUAGAAGUAAGGUAGGUAGGUUGGUCUUGUUUUGCUCUGCAGCUCCUCAGCCAGUGUUGACUCAUUGAGAAAAAAUAAUACCGGCCUCGUCCCAUUCAGGCUUGACCCAUUAGCAUAUCAUUCACUAAAGCUGAUGAAGCGUGGCGUAUCCGAACAGCUCCCUCUGGUAUGGUUUUCUUUUUAUGCUCCCUGAGAGUUACUCUGCAUCAUGUGCUUCACUGAGCUGCCUAAUAUUUCCCUCACUUAUGCAUCAAGUUAAAGACAGUAAAGCAAAACAGAGGUACCUCUGACACCAGGAUUUGAACGCGCUCUGUUCCCGCUGUGUGCCGUUUAAUGAAGCAGAAAUUACAUCAUUGUUCAAACUAAUCUGUAAAAAUAAAGGGUUUAUUUGAGUCAUGAAAAUGGAGACUAAAAAAAUCCAGUGCAAGAAUUGCUCCUAUUUUUCCUCCAGCAGAAAAAUGACACAAUUUUCUGAAACUGAAAAUCAUAUAAAUGGUAAUCUUCGCACUUUUGUUACCCUAGUUUUUACUUGUAUAUUCUUCUCGAGACAUGACAAGAUAUUGAUUUAUACUAGCUCUUUUAUUUCCAAAUCUGCCCACAAAACCUUCAUUGAGCCAUUUAGUACAAAUUAGCGACACCACCUGUCUGUUUUUUAUAUUCCUCUCUGUAGCUCUCUCCCUCUCCCUCCACUUUUUAUUUCCUCCCUGUCUCCAUCUUUCUCUCCCUGAUUUGUCUUCCAUCAGCCUCCCAGUACCUGCAGCAGAAGCCGGGGAGCUGUCCCAUUACUUAUGCAUAGGUAUCAUAGGUAUUCAUGUGUGUGCAUGGGAUAGGGCGCAUCCGGAGCAGGGGCCGGGGCCCCGACAUGACAAACAGGGUGUCAGCAAGCCUCCGCGGGACCCAUUAAUAUGCCGGCGAGCGACAGGGAUCCUCACCUACGCACGCUUAAUAUUCCUGUAUAUUAAACAACCAUAAAUCAGAGGGGUAUAAGCGCAGGGGGUUGUGUGUGUGUGUGUGUGAGUGUCAGUGAGUAUAUGUGCUAAGAAACUGUGUGUGUGUGUUUAAGAUGCUUGUCUGCAUGUGCGUGUGCUUGUAUGUUUGAGAUGUUGUGUACACUGGGUGCUGGAUACUUUUUGGAAAGAAGAACAGGGUUUAGGUUGGGUCAGUUUGGGGAUUUAUGGACGCGCGUGUGUGCCUGUGUGUGUUUUUUUGUGUAGACAUGCUCUCAGACAGAAAGUCAGGGGAAUUCAGAGUGGAAGACAACGUCAGCCUUUUAGCCUUUCAGCCUGGCUUUAGCCCCAAAGCCUCAGUGCUAACCCACAAUAUCCCCCAGCUCAGAUCCUUUUCACACCAACAAAAGUUCUUCCCAUGUAGUCCAACUAUUUAUCUUCCUCUUGGUUUUUCCAUUUUUGUGUAUUAAUUUCCGUCUCGUAUCCUUUUAGUUUUUAUUUUUAUAGGUUUUUUUAAAAUUUAAUACGUGUUUCUAGCGGCAUAAAACGACUGCCAAUCAAGCUGAGCACUUUUUUCCCUCCAUUUGUGAUGGAUAAUUCUCACAUUUCUGUGUUUGGCUGCCAUUUUUGUUUGCCUGUAGACCAGUGAUGGCUGUCGAUGUCAGUGUAAUUAUUCAGUUUAUGCAUCUGAUGCCGCAAACCACAAACACUAAACACAUCACCCUCUUGGCACUACAGGCGGACCCACCAGGGAGUCUAAGUUUCUAACAGACACUUUACACGCGUUUAUAACUGGAAAUUCAGUGACUGCUGUGUUUUUAUAGCAUUAAAAAAUAUUUCUGCUAGGAAGUAUUAAUAAAUUAAAGCCUUGAAAGGAGUUAAUUUAUUGUGUUUAAUUUGUGUAUUUAACAAAAAAAAAAUUAUGGGGUGUUAAGCUGCAGGAUCACAUGAUCACUUUGACAGUUUACCUCAUCAGCUGCUCACCCGCUAACAUCCCUCCACCUCAUCCAAACACACACAUGCACACACACCCUGCCCCUCCCCCUUCAAUAAUAAUGUAUUUUACAUGCAUGCAAAUCACCUUGUUUAAUUAGAAUGUGUGUGUGUGUGCGUGUGUGUGUGGAAGUAGUAGUGAUGGGACCCCCCCACCCCCCCAUCCUGAUUUUCAUGAUGUGGUUUUGGUCCCUGGGUCUAAAGAGGCAGGCAAGAAGGCAGUCGGAGCCUAAUUUUGUUUUCCCAGGAGGGUUAACUAUUAGUUUCUCAGCUCAUUAAUUACGCUGUUGUGCAGAAAUCAUUAAUAGUUAAAGUCGCUCUACAAUAAUGUAUAAUAGAUAUAUUUGACGGCUCCUGAUUUCUUCUUUUCUUUCUUUGAUGUCUGAUCAAUUUUUCAGUGGUCAUGAUAUUUCCUGAGCUCGCUUAAGUAGGCUGUGGAGUUGACCCCAAGCAUGUUGGGAUAUAAAUGUGUGAGCAUGAGUGUGUGUAAAACCACUUGGUAUAAAUUAGAUGACCAAUUAAGCAAUAGGGGGUCCCCAAAGUGGUGCGACAUCUGUCCUGUUAUCUCUCCUUUUUGUGAUCCGCACCUGUGUGCGAUGCUUGUGUUGUUUAACUUAUUUAAAUUAUAAGUGAGUCAGAUUGCGCAAUGUGUAUUUGUGCGUGUGUAUACGUGUCUCUCCUCUCUGCUCCUCUCGCUCAGAUCAGUGACAGACAUUUUUGUGAUGGAGGUCAUUAAAAUUGCUCCCAAGGCAGCAUUGAGUGUGCGAGUGUGGGAUUUUCUGUGGGCAUAACUGGGACCCCCUCCACCCUGCCUUCUCCACACACACCCCCUUCAAUUUUCUUCCUCUGUUCUUUCACUCAUCUGUCAAAGCAUCACGAGCUGCAGUGGACCCAGGCUGACUUACUGGAUAAUCUGUCAGUGUAUGUGUGUGUGUGAUCAGGGUGAAUGUUUGUGCAUUUACAUGUGUCACUUUUACAUAAAGACAAAUGAAUUAAAUAAAAAGACUAUGAUAUCAUUCAUUGUUAAAGUGAAUGAGUUUCUAUUACGUAGUCUCCCAGACGUCCGCCAGCACAUCGCACAGUGGGCUUUGUGAGUGCAGUCAGAGUAAGAGGUAAUUAAGUAUGAAUAAUUAACACCAGUUACCCCCGACUGGGAGACAGCAGAGCAGCCUCCCCGUGGCAGCAGCCGGCCAGAUCACACACGGUCCUCAUAGCCCUCCACUUUGUGCCUGGCUCAUUCAUUAGAAAUACCCUCGGCACAGACUCGUUGUGAUCCUCACCACAGGAUCCCGCGCAGAGAAGGGGGAGACAGGGGGCGUCGCGGUUAUGUUUGGUCAAUCUGAAAAAAAAAAAAAAAAAAAAAUGCUUAUCGUCAGCCUUUUCAGCAGAAAACAUUUUUGCUAAUGGCCGGUGACCGUUUGAAGCUUUUAGAUACUGCAUAGUCAAAUAACAUUAAUAAAAAUGAAUCAGUUCAAUUAGAGAGGGAAUUAAGUUUUCUCCGAGUUUACGGUAAUAUCUAACGUGUAUUUCCUGAGUGAUAGACGGAGAUAACCAGCUGUAUAACAAUCAUGCAGUGGAGCAGUUCAUAGAAGUUUGUGGCUCCGGUCAAUGAGUAACGACACUAUCUUUUAGACCUGCUGGGUUUAGGAGUCAACAGGUAAAUGUCAAGUGUAAUCACCACAGGAAUACCUUUGCCCUACAUACAAGUUUCAAAACACAAUGCUUGAACAGGGACUAAUGUUGAAUAACCUCUAAAAUACUAAGGAUUUAAUCCGUACCAAAGUGAGUAGCCUCUCCUCUUCAAGCAAAUUCAUAACUGUGUUGUUUACAUAAAUAAAUUUAAACGUACAGAAAUGGGUCUUAAUCUGGAUAUAAAACAGAGAUGAUUAAAAACUAAUGCCUCCGUAUGACCUACAGAAGCAAACAAGAUCACCAGCAAGCCAACUGAUUAUUUCUGAAUUAGUUAUUUUUAUGACAGUUAAGAUAAAGCAGGACAAGACUUUUCAUGAUGCAUGCAUGUUAAAUCUCCUGUGAAAAACUUUGUGAAGGUUUUGGCUCCCCCUGUGGUCAAAGCGGUCGUUGCCUAUCUUGUCUCAGUAGUGUCUUCUGCAAAAAUAUCUGAUGGGGCUGACUUUUAACAGCCAAAUGUUUCAUUUUAUGUGAAUAUUCAACAGAGAAAUUGUAGAAACAGAGCUGUUUCUUCAGGGCUUGUGUUGACACCUACCCCCUUGCACUGGUUUCAGGCUUUAAAAAUGCAACAUCAAGUCCUCAAUCUUGUCGCUGAUGGUCAUGUUUUCUUUUUAUGUACUUUUGUAAAUCUCUUUUGUAAAUGUUAAAAAACUCCCAACAGGAGCUUUAAGGACUAGCUAAACUGACUACUAUCGUCAGCAAAACUGAAACAAAGUCAAAAACAGUUUGAUGCUUGAGCAUCAACAUUAAAGAGAUCUGUAGUGCUAACAAAUUUCCCAUGUUUUUGUUCCUCUGUUUUAUUGUCAGCUGUGCGGGCAGACCGCAUGCGUGGCGGGCGCAACAAGUUUGGCCCGAUGUACAAACGUGACCGUGCCCUGAAGCAGCAGAAGAAAGCACUGAUCCGAGCCAACGGCCUGAAGAUCGAGGCCAUGACUCAGGUGAUGCAAGCUGUUCCCACUGACCUCACCAUCUCCUCAGCAAUCCAGAACAUCCACUCGGCCGCCUCCAAGGGCCUCCCACUGAGCCACCACACUGGCCACCACACCGGUCACCACCACCACCACCACCAUCACCAUCAUCAUGCCACUGCCCUGCCCCCCACAGACUACGAUCGCAGCCCUUUUGUCACCUCGCCAGUAAGUAUGGCGAUGCCCCCACAUGCCGGCAGCCUGCAGGGCUACCAGACGGCCUACGGACACUUCCAGAGUACUCGCACCAUCAAGUCUGAGUACCCAGACCCGUACACCAGCUCGCCGGAGUCCAUCAUGGGCUACGCCUAUGUCGACGCCUACCAGUCAGGCUCACCGCCCAGCUUUCCUCAUCUGAUCGUAGAGCUGCUUAAGUGUGAGCCAGACGAGCCACAGGUUCAGGCCAAGAUCCUGGCCUACCUGCAGCAAGAGCAAGCCAGCCGGGGCAAACACGAGAAGCUCAACACUUUCGGUCUCAUGUGCAAGAUGGCGGACCAGACGCUCUUCUCCAUCGUGGAGUGGGCACGCAGCAGCAUCUUCUUCCGCGAGCUCAAGGUAAGUGUUCAAGACCAGUCUUGUCUCUGUUGUACCAAAUAUCAGCGAUCUGUCACAGCCCGCGGUGUCUCAUUCAACAAUAUUAGCAACAACAUGGUGGAACUACUCUUGGUGAUGGAUGGGCCGGACAACACAGAGCAGUUGCCAAGGAAACUAGGUUUUAAUUAACUUGUCCAAAACUAAAACACUUUAGGAUGUUUUCCCCAACCUUUACCAUGUAGGUGUACACAGUGUACGACAGUAACCACACAUAGACAAGAAGCAAAUAGACACUACCAUGUGUUCAUAUGACAUAGAAAAUCUGCCUUUGCAUCUUAAUGAGACCCCAGAGGGCUGUGACGAUGUGUUGGUAUUUGUCAACCUGGGUUAUCCAAUUAAAAUCAACCUGGGGUAUUUUUUGGCUUAAAGGGAGGAAAAAUGUUAUUCCCAUAAUUGCACAGCCACGGUAUUGCCAAUCAACCCUAUCAGUAAUGACAGCAUAGUACUAUAUGAGUUUAAUUCUAUUUGCAGUUACUCUACAAGCCUUUAAUAAAUUAUCCCGCAUUUUGUUUCAAUGCCAAGUCUUCCACCACGCUGUCAUCCAUAAUUGACAGCACUUUAUACAGUUCAUGAACAUCAUCUGCUCAACCCUUUAUCUUCAACAGGCCUUUAAUCUUCCUCUUUUUAUGCACUGGCUCAACAUUAAUACAGAGUACACAGGGCUGUCUGCUCUUAGCUGCCACCUCUGUCUGUCUCCCUGCCUGAUCAAAAUGCAGCAGGCGACCGUAUUUACCCUGUGUGUGACACAUUCUGGCUAUGAGUUGUGAAAACUUUGACUAUGAGCUUCAGGCACUUUUCAUACUAACAGGGUCUUAGUGUGAGGCUUUUAUGUGAACUGAAUACCGCCCAUCUCCCCUUGAAAUAUUCCUCUGAUCUAAGAGGGAACACACUGUGUGAUGAUGUGAGACAUUUGCCAUUUGCAUACUGGUCAAACUAAAUUCAGAGAAGGGACCGUAUCACACAUAGAGAAACAUUUUGGGUUGGUUUUCUUUUUAAUUACAAUAAUAUUAAGACAGCUGAAAACUUUUAGUUAUUUGACAUUUAUACUUAUUGAAAGCGCUCUAAACGAGGUUUUCUAAUUACACCAGGUCAUAGGAAAUAACAAAUUAAGCUAAGUAAGCACUAUGUCUUCUGUGAUAUUUUAGCACACUAAAUCCCAACUGACCGAUCCCCAGCAACUAUCCACAAACGCCUCAGUGUAAAAAUGUGUUAAUUUCCACACAUUCAUCUCCGAGCCCAAGGGAAACCUUCUCGAUGUGUGUGCAUGCUCGCGGCUUUAUUUCCGCUGAAUGAAGGUUAAUGUUCAGAGCAACAUGAAAGGUGUUUGAUUAGUGUGGGUUCACCUGUUUUUCCUCCUGUUGUCUGACUCCUUUUGUCUGUUUGUUUCAACACCUCAUCGCCAACGGCUCAGCUGCAUAUUCAUAGGCACAGGCUUUAGUAAAAAAUCCCCUCUAAUAUUUAACAUUAUUGUGUUUUCAAGGAGGGAAAUAACACAUAAAAUGAAUGAAAUAUUAAAAAUGGAGCCAAUUACAGCGCAGACAAGAGUCCUUGAAAAACGCAUGUUGACAUUUAGCACACACUGUGUCCCCACUAUUGACAUUUUACAGAUUUGUAUUUGCAUUUAGUUGGGGUGCACAGUGGGAAACAGGCACAUACACAUCCUCAGUCUUGUCAUUGGGUGUGGCUGCAGCUAAUAACUGUGUGUGGUUUGCCCAUUAACUUUGAAUGAUCAUUUUUGCUCCACAGUGAAGCCUCUUUAUUUUUUACACCCUCAUUCUAAUUCAAUUAUCUCACCCACUUGUGUUCAUUACUCGCUGAUUUGCGCCUGAAUGAAAUGUCAUUAUGUUUGCCUAAUGACUACCCAUAGUAAGGGAGCCUAAGAGUAAUUGUACAGCGUGCAUGUUACAAAGGUAGAAAAUGACCUGAGCUCAAUGCAAAAGAAAGCUCUUCUUGCACAGGGCUGCCCCUGUUACAUACACACGGCCCAUUGGUUUAGGAGCGGUGAGGGCGUAUUUCACUAAGUGAGGGAGAUAAUUGAACUGAGCCCCUCUUUUGCCUUUUUUUUUAAGAGCCACCUGAAGCACAAGAGGGAUUGAGAAAUAAUGUGCUAGCUGUGACAGUUUUUCCCACAUAAUCUACAAUCCCCUGUCCCUGCUUGUUACUAAUUAUCAGGGGAGACUGCUGAGCAAGGCUCAACGAUGAUCAGGAGGAUGAUGAAUCAAUACAGUAAUCAAUUUAAAUGUAUACUGUUAAAUCAAAUGAGUUGUUUUGGUAUAUUUUGUUGUUUUAGUUACAGAUACAUAUAUAUUUAAUCCACUAUGUGAGCACAAAAUUCUUAUUACCAGACAGAAACCUCAAACAAAGCUAACUCAGCGGUUGACGAUCAUCUCAUAAUCGGUGUAAAAAAAUAAAGUAGUUUCCGUUGGUUUCUAAAGAGGUGUUGUGAAGCCAAAUGAUGGUAGAAAUACUGACAUAAAAAAUAUUCAUAUAAUCCAGAAACAGGAAAAAAAAGGUGGAGCUGAAGCCACAGAUAAGCUGCCUGAUAUAAAGCCAAAAUGUGCCCACCUGCAUAGCUCUCUGUCUUAAUAUUAUCAAAAUUAACAAGUUAUCAAAAAAAUCAUCCCAUCUCAAAAGCCAACACCAUUUUUGUACCAGGCUGUAAACAUGUUUAACUGUUGUGAAAAAAUCAACCUAAUGGCCAUUGGUUUUUGGAGUCUGUCUCAAGUGGACAAUUUAGGAACUGCAGUUUUCUGUACCUCUGCUUUGGCUUGAUUUUUUUCUGUUGGGCCAUCUGUUGUAACUGGAUAGACAGGUGAACUGGAAAAAAAGGAGAGACAGAGAGUUGCUCAAGGUUUCUGCCUGUUAAAAGGAAGUUUUUCCUUGUCACUGUUACUCAUGUUAGAUGAGAUGGGCCAAAUCCCAUCUUAGGUUGGGUCUUGAUAAUUCAUCAAACAAUGACUUGGUCUAGACCUGCUCUUUUUCUUUGGAAAACGUCUUGGGAUGACGACUGUUGGGAAUUGGCGCUAUUUAAAUAAAAUUUGAUUGAUUGAUUGAUUGAUUGAGAGUUGGAGUCAAACAGACAAGGAGAUGUGCAGACUAACUAAAAUAGACUUAUAGCCACCAUCAAUCCAAUGAUAGGCUAACUCAGCAAGUAGGCAGCACCAGAAGUCUCAACUGAAAAUAAUUUCAUUUUUUUGAAAUACUGACAUGCUCAUCAAUAUCAUUUCUUGAUCACAACCAGAAAAAAAUACAAAAAAGGCCUGUACUUGAUAUUAACUUUGUGAACAAUAAUGGAAGAGGUCAGAAACAGGCAGAAACUAACCACACUCUGAGCUGCUGUUCAUUCUAUGACAAAGUUUCUAUCUGUUUUUAAAUUUAAAACGUCCUUUAUGAAAGAGAAAAUAAAGCAAACAGAGCAUCUUCUUUUACCUGACUUAUUGCAGUCCACCUUAAAUAUCUGCCCUAUCCCCUUCAUCUCCUUCCUUUUGUCUGUGUUUCAAUGUUACACGUGCACACUAAAGUGCUGCUCAAAAGCCUGACAGGGGUUUUCAAUUUCCACAGAUGUUGAAAAGUUAUAAAAUUGUUUUAUAGCACAGUAAUAGUCCUAUUGUUUUAACUCAUAACCCCUGAUGCAAUUUGAAAUAUAUUGGGUUUUUUUUUUUACUUGCCUAACCUUUAACCCCUCUUGUUUAUAUAGAUCUGACUUCUAGAUGUGAGGUCAAGCCUGGGAUAAAGAGAGACAGGAAGCAGAGUUGAAUAAAAAGUUUGUCACAGGAGUGGUGUGGCGCUGUAGGAAGCUAUAAAUACACUUUCAUCUCACACACACAGAGACACAGACACGCACGCACAGACAUUCCCACAUUAAGACACAGACGCUGCUCACACAUAACGCACAGCCCCUCUCUCUCGCUAUUAUUAGCUCUGUAAGAACAAAAGAAUUUCUCUGGUAAUAGAGCCAAGCUGGGAGGGUGUGAGUGAGGCGUCUGCCAGAAAAAGUGUUUAAAGAUUUAGUUUCCAUAAGUUGGCCUCGGUCACGGGACUCAUAAAUAUUUAGCCAUUAGGAGAACCUUCUGAGGAGCUCCCCCCAUUCUUCUCCAACGCUAUAUGCCACCCCCUCCUUUCUGGGAAUGAGGCAUGACGUGAGUUUAUUUCUAACACCUUGAAUCCAAGAAGUUGGGGUGGACUGACUACCCCCACCUAUCACUAUUUCUGAUUGGUUUUCCACGACGACGAUUAGAAAAGUCACGUCUGCUGGACUGGUUUUGAAAUCAGGAAGAAAUUGUGAAUUCUGGCAGGGCUGAGGUGAAAUCAUUUUCAGAUUUUAAUAAAAAUUGGGCAGGCUGUAGACAUUGCAUUUAUGGAUGUCUCAAUAUCUUGAAGUUUACAUCUUUCUUGUUGAAUUUAUAGAUUUUUCUAACUGCUCAGUUUUUAGACUUUGGUGUAAUUUUUUCCUCAGUAAAAUAUCAAAAAGGAGUAUUUCUUUAACUUCUAUUAUUAGUGUGUAAGUCUGUUUCCAAGCCUAUGGCGGCAUCUGAGUGAGAUCUAACGGAAGGGGACACAUGUGUUUGUCUCUCAGUGACAUUUGCCUGCACACGGCUACUACCCCUCCCCUUCCUACGCUAGCCUGUCCUGCAGUGAACCCCUCUGUAAGCUCUGGUGCCACCCGAACACCAGGCAACUUUAGGCUUUAAAGGACAAAUUCGUACAUUUAUACACUUUAUAACAGCCUCUGACCCCUAUGCUUCCAUACAAACCUGUGACAUCAAACUGCACAAAAGCGGCGUACUGUUUUUUGGGAUGUUUAAAAAAAAUAAGAGAUCUUUAUUAACACAUCAGACUGAGACUGCAGAAACGAGUAAAAUGAAGAUAGUCUAAAACUUAAUUUUAGAUAAGAGAGAAUUUGACCUUUGAAUUAAAUAGUAACCAUACUGCUCGAGUUUAAAAUGUGAGAUUUUAAAAUAUGUCUUAUUUUCUUGGUGAAAACUGAAAAUACCGACUUCUUAAAACACCACUUCUAAUGUUCCUGUUUGUGCUCGAUAUGAGAGCGGACAGCUGUUAGUCUGCCAUCGUGAGCAUGUGUGUGUUUACCUGCCUGUGUGCAUGAGUGCGGGUGACUCAUACUGUAGCCUGCCCAGUGCUACCCUCUCCUCCAUUGUUCCAGUCCCUGCAAACACAAUGAGAGGGAGAAUUUAGCGGGGCAAUCGGGACUAUUGAUGAUUCACAUGUUUAUAUCUUACCUUCCUAGUUGUACUCCCUUCGCACUCCCCCCCUCCCCUCCUCCUUCCUCUCCUCACCCUUUAAUAAAAGGAUGUGUGUCUGCAGUUGUGGGACAGCGUGCACCUUUGUGUGCCCUGUCGACACACAACAAACAGAGGCUGAUGAAGCAACGGAAAUGACCACGCUUGGAAAGAGUUUGAAGUUAUGCUGCAAUGUUUGACAAUAGAGGAAAUGAUACACCUUCAGAUAUAGUUCUCUGGUAUUUAUAGAUCCAAUAGAUAUAGAUAGAGUAGAUGUUGUUACGUUUAUUAGGGCUCAAACGGAAUUAAGACACAUCACCUAUAGGUGUUUUUGUUUUUUUUUUUUUCAUUUCUGGUGUAUUUUUGAACUUUUAGCUUUUUUCUAAAAAGGAAAAUAUUUUAAAAAUUGAACCCGGUUGAUUUUUGAAUAUUUUUUCUUAUAUUCAGCUAAAAGUGAGUCCCAAAAUCUUUGCAAUGCUUACGUAGAACACAGACAUAUCAUCAACCAUAGAUGUGACCUAAAUGAGGUUUUAAAAUCACUGUUUUAAAUGAUAUAUAAUAUUAAGAACCCUUGAGGAUACGAGUAGUUUCUGACCUCAAACUCGUGCCAAUCUUUCAUAACACACAAUCUUUGCAAGACCAGCUUUUGUGGCAAGAGUGCAUGUAUAAAACAUGUUUUUUUAGGCACAUGUUUUUUCUUUCUAGUCUAAACUUUUAUGGCAACGAGUAAAAAUUUUGAGACACUGGACUAGAAAAUUAGUAUUUCAGUUUUAUGCUAAAGCUGACAUGUAGUUCAGAGGCCGUCUUCAGUAAAAUGGAGUGUAACUUAAUCUAUAUAUUUAGUCCAUCCACCUGAUAAAAGCAUAGCAGAGAGGAAAAUAGCCAUGACGUUUUGAAAUGUGGCCUCUCUGUUUAUUUAAAUCGUCCUGGGACGGUUUUUUGGGGGGGCACAGACAGGUUUCUUUGCUUCUCUGUCUCUUUCAUUUUUUUUUUUUUCAGUUUCAUCUCUCUGCAUGUAGAGGGAAUGGCAAAAGCAGAAACUGGGGGCCAUUAAGUUGAGGAGGAACUGUAUUAGAAGUCUUGUUCCCUGGGAAAGCUCCCAGCUGAGACCGGGCGGCCAUAUUGGAUAAACAGAUGGCUGGGGAGAGGAAAGGACAGGCGAGGAGAAACAGAGGUGAAACAAAGAGGGGAGAUGAGAGGGGAGACGAGCGGGUAAGGAAUGUGGAGAGAGCAGAGGAAAGGGACGCAGUUGAGAGGGGAAAAUAGGAAAGAGGAAGAAACUGUAAGAGGUGAUGCAAUUGAGGAGAGGAGGAACAGAUUAAAGAGGAGACAGGAAGGGUAAGAGGGCAGGACAGGGGUGAGAUCUUCUGUGUAGGACAGGGUAGAAGAAUGGUUCAUUAUAACUGGUGUUAACACAUGAUUCUUUAUAUCACAGAACUAAACUUACACAUGUUAAGUUGAUUUACCCCUGAAAUACGACGAGCGGCAGCACCUUUGGGGGGGUUAAGGGCUUAGAUAUUGACCAUAAGCUGAAACAUCCACUCUUCAUGAUAUUGUUUUAUUGUGCAGAUGGUGAAGAAAUGAACACCGUCUGUACAUAGAUAAGAUGAGGUUUGUUACACGGAGAUGAAUUUGAAGUCUAUAAAUAAAAGUACAUUUUUAAAAUCUAAAAGAAAAAUCUUAUACCUGUAUCUUUCUUGGCUAAGUCCUACUCAAGUAUCAGAAGUAUCCUACUCAACAACCCAAAAUACAUGCCCUUGAAUAAUUUUUUUCUACCUGUUUGUGUCCCUCCUCAGUCACUCUGUUUGACAGAUCCCUCCCUCAGGUGGUGCAGGGGAAGGGGGGGGGUGGGGGUGGGGGUCUGAGACUUUAACCCUCCUCCUGUGUUAGGGUCUGCACCGACCCGUUUUUGAUUUUAAAUGCUUAAAGAACGACUUAAAUUAGCUUUUUUGCACCAAGACUUUUUGACUCUGUCAGAAACCUCUAUUUCAACAACAAAAUAAUACUAAUAAAUAAAUAAACUGACUAAAUUAUAAUAUACUUUUAUUAAAAUUGUGGCACUUGUCGUGUUAGGGUCGCUGUUGACCCGGUUAGAUCAAUAUCUAAUAAUUAGAGCAAAAACUAAAAUCAUAAUUGCACUGUCAGGAAACACACUGAUAGUCAGAUCUUCUUCCAAUCAUGUGAGAUUUAGGAAAUUCUCAUUUUGCCAUGUUUUUUUCCCUGCACAAAAAACAACGUCAGGCAUGUCCAAACAUGUGAAAUCUAUUCAGUGUAGAUGUCUUUAGAUGAGGGGUGUACUGACAAAGAAAGGCCCAGAGGCUCACUUCAAAAAUAUUACAAACAAUAUUGUCAUGGAUAAUGAAGCCUAACAAGGUAACCUAGAGAUUAAAACCAAAUUGGAUGAUAGAGAAUUGUUUUUAGCAUAACUUACAGCUGAUUUAAGACACGGGUCAAAACAGACCCAUAACAUGGUAGGUGGGUAGUAAAAGCUAACACAGGAGGAAGGUUAAAGAUUUACCUGAUUGAAUAAUGUAAGGUCCUCUGACGCUCCUUUGCUCACCCCUUCAUCUAAACCCAUAACUUCCAUAAUAACUGCAUUAAUUUACUUUAAUAUAAUUAUAUACACACCACCCCCUGUCCCUGUCCAGACUGGAGGUUGACACUCAUAAACACCACCUUGUUCAUUACAUGACCUAUAUGAGCAGUUUCAUUUCAAGGUGCAUGCAAGCGUAUGUGCGAGUGUGUGUGUGAGUGCAUAUUUGUGUGUGUAUGAGAGGGAGGGGUGCAGUGCUCCUGCCCUGCUUUGACCGCUGAAGCACCUUUUCUUUUUUUUUUUUCUUCACACCCCAUAACUGAGUGGAAAUUAAUAAACCGUUUUAGGCGUGAUCUGUGAACCCUGGGAAGUGGGAUAUCUAUACCAGCUUCCCCAUUACACACACACCCACACACACAUUAUCAGAGCCUCGGGCUGCAAUGUCUGUCUUGUCAUAGAGGUCAACGGUUUUCCCCCCCAGAACAACCUCCCCUCCCGACACCCCAAUCCUGACAAACUGCAAGCGUGAUGGGGUUGGCGGCCGCAUGCAGUUGGCAGAGAUUUGUAACCGUGUCCCUGGUCCAUUGCAUUUGAAUUAUUCGGCGGGCUGUGAUGCCCCCCCAAACACACUGACACACACACACACAUACACACAGAUAUAUACACACACACACACACUGUAGCAGACUUGCUUUACUUUGGCUGAGGAUAAAGAAGGUAAAGAAAAAAGGUAGAGGAGAAAUAAGAGGAUUAAAUAAGUUACAGAAGGAGAGGAAAGAGUGCGAGCUAAAAUAAGACUAGAACUUUGAGGUAUAGAAAGGGAGAGAGGGAUAGUUUGAAAGAGCAAGAGUGAUCAUGGGAUAAAAAGAGGAUGGGGCAAAGUAAGAGGUAGAUGGAGAGAUAAUGUAGCUGACAUAAGAGAUUAAAAACAAUCAAGAGAAACAAUGAGGAUAAACGGGAGGAUGAACAUAGAGCUGUGAGGAGCAACUACCAAGGGCAAGAAGAGGAGGAGGAAGAAUAGAGGGGGCAAAGUGAAGGACAACAGGGGAGGGUGUGGAGGGGGUGAAAAGAGGUCUGCUAGGUUGGGGGGUGGGGUGGGGGGGUGUAAGGGGGAACAGGUGGAAGGUUAAUGGGCCUGGAGCGGAUCCACCAGACGCUCUUGGGCUUGAUAUAUGGGCACAGGGCCCAGCGCGGGGCGUAGGCUUUCAAAGAUAUAUUAUUUCAUUUGAGGAGCAGCACCAUUCUGGCCGACAACCCCACCCACCCUCACCCCCUACUUCCUCAAACACCCCCCAACAGCCCGGCAUUUGUCCGGUGAUAGAUGACAACCCCCCCCCCAUCACACACACAAAUACAUAUACAGUAUUGUUUCCCUAACACGUGUGUGUAAGGAAGGUAUGUGUCCUGAUACUCAUGUGCAGUGUGUUGUUGGUUUAGUCUGGAGACUUUCGUUUUUUUUACUGAUUCGGCUCCUUUUUUCUGUCUCUGUCCUUUCUUUCCUCUUUCCCAGCCCCUCCCUCUUGCUGUCAGUCUUUCACCCGGGCUGCAGGCAGGUCUUAUGGCCGCCUGUGUGUUUUUUUAAGUUGCUAUUUUAGUGGUAACAAUAUCUGUUUGAUCAGUAGCCCUGGGAAGGAGCAGGAGUUUUGCAGAGGGAGGGGGGGGCUUGACUGGGAGGAAAGUGUGGUGGGGGUUCACAAAGGCCUCUUUUCAUUCAUAAAUUAUUGACCACUUUGAAAGACAUCACUCACGUUUUUUUCAUAAAUACUGUAAAAGUGCUCUCCAGAUUUUUUACUUCUGUCAAUUCUACCAAUACGGGAUGGAAAACGUCGAUUAUUUUGGAUCCUUUUUAAAGGCACAGCAUGCGGUCAGUCACAAGAUGAACAUAAAUCGGAUUUAACAGAGGCUGUCUGUACGGGCUGCUACAGGUUAGGCCUCUUGAUUUUUAAUGUACCUUAGCAACAUACCAAAACCAUGAAGCUCUACCCUUGCAAAUAUAACCUAUAAAUAAACCAUAUGUGUCAAAGGAGAAUACGUGAAUUUGAAAAAGUUUGUAAUCCACGUCUGCAGCAUGACAAGAAUCCAUAUCGAGAUAAAACACUUGUUUCCUAAAAUUGACAGAUUUUCCAGAUUAUCUAUAAAACUUUAGCUUUUUGUGGCAGGUAGAAACCAAUCUCUCAUUGUCCUCCUUAUGUACCCCAAUGGUUGUAGUCUGAUCUUCAAGACACAGUUUUUCCAAAUACUGGAUUGGUCCCGUAGGUCCAAACCCAGGGGACCGCAGGAGGCCGGAAGGAAGAACAGGAAACUUGUUAAAAGAGAAGAUUUAAGGUCGCCUGUCCCUGAGGAGCAGCGGCCAUAAGGAGACGACGGGGGCUGGGAGGUUUUAACAUGCGCAGAAGUCUGCUCAUCUACUUGUUGCUUUGAUGGGGAUGAAAGGCUGUCAUGAGGUACAAGUUUACAGAGCUGCGGGCAAUGAUGGACUCAACUGUCCUCCAUAACGUUUCCUCUUCCUUGUGCUUCCUCAGCCGCUCGUAGGAGGAGCUUUCCUUUGGCUUGCUUAAGCAUUUCACCAAAAUUCCCCUCACUACAUGGGUCGAACACAGUAUACUUGUUUAUGAACACUGACAAGACAUGGAGCUGUUGACAGAGGGACUUUGUUGCAUUAACCAAGCUUCUGCACUCUAGUGGAAGAGAUGUUUUUUUUUCAUCCUCUAUCUCUGCCUCUUCAAACCACUGCUGAUGAAAUAGCAGGGGAAAAAAUAAACAAAAAAAUUGUCCCCACCUCUGCUGUAGUUUUUCAUUUUCAGGCAAGUUAACACGGCGUGAUUCGCAUUUGUGAGCACUUUGGGCAUUCUGCAGGAGAAGGAGCAGGUUUUGUUUAAGUCUUGUUUGAGGAUGAUCAGGGUAAAAGCCUUUUUUAUUGGCAGGUCAUGCUGCUUGUUAAGAUGCUGACGCAGGUGACUAUACUGUGCUGUUAGCCUCGGUGGCCCCGGAAUGACAUGGUUGUUGUUUUCGCAAGUUGGCAAGAGUCAGUCAAAUCUGCACAGACAGAGAAAAGUGGGAAUGAGCGACAGAGAAAAUAAAGAAAACAAAGUGGAUAUGGGGACUUGAUUUAGCUGACCUGGCCACUAACAAAUCAACUCAACGGCGUGCAAACACUUUACACACUCCGGCAAAGUACAAAGAAACUUUCACUUCUCCUCCUCUGGGCUGAACCACGUUAUGAGUCGUGUUAAAUCCACAGUUUACGCAGAAACCUUUCUAAAGUGGGAGCUCUGCAAGCCAAAAAAGCAGUAGCAGUUCGCUGCAACAAAGGCCAAAUUAAAACGUGAUCCCUCUGUUAUCUGCUGGGGGGUUGGUGGCUGAGGGUGCCACUAUGUUGUCAGACGGGUGGUGAAUGUACAGACAGGAGUGCUGGCAUUUUGCUUCUAAAUAGCUCCUGGCUAUAAGGUUUCCUGGAGGUCAAAGGGGACGAGGUGUGGCUGCUGCAGCCUUACGCCGACCCUCAACCUCUAAACUAAACUCACCACACAAAAAUAUGCAAACCUGUCAGCUAAUUUAUCUUCCUCUUUUACACUUGCCUGCAUUGCAUAGCCGUAAAAUACGCAGUAUAGAUCCCCCUGGCUGAAAAAAAUGGCUUUAACCUUCCAACCCAUUUUUGAUUUUAAAUGCUUAAAAGAAACACUUAAAUUAGUUUUCUAUGCAUCAAGACUUUUUGACUUUGUCAGGAAUCUUUAUUUCAACAAAAUAAAAAUAACAAAAUUAAAUCGACUAAAUUAUAAAAUGCUCUUAUUAAAAUUAUGGCACUUGUCAUGUUAGGGUCGCUGUUGACUCAAUUAGAUCAAUCUAAUGAUACGAGCAAAAACUGAAAUCACAAGUGCACUGUCAGGCACCACACUGAUAGUCAGAUCCUUUUCCAAUCAUGUAAGAUUGAGGAAAUUCUCAUUUUUCCAUGAUUUUUCCUGCACAAAAAACAACGUUGGACUUGUCCAGACAUGAAUGAUCAAUACAGUAUAGAUGUCUGUAUGAGGGGUAUAUUGACAAAGAAAGACCCAGAGGCUCACUUCAAAAAUAUUACGAACAAUAUUUUCAUGGAUAAUGAAUCCUAACAAGGUAACCUAGAGAUGAGAACCAAAUUGGAUGAUAGAGAAUAGUUUUAAGCAUAAUUUACAGCUGAUUUAAGACACAGGUCUAAACCGACCCUUAACAUAGUGGGUGGGUAGUAAACACUCACACAGGAGGAGGGUUAAAAAAGGCACUUAAACUAUAAGUAGACUGUGAUAUCCAUUUAUAACACAUUAACAUAAUCUGACGUUUUAGCUUUCUUGUUAGAGUUGUAGACACUUCAUGAACCCUAAUAGGAUAACAGUUUUGGAGUCUAAUGUCACUGAAGUGUCACUGGACAACAGUGUAAAAGAGUAGCUCAUACACAUGGGUUCAAAGCUUGAGUCUUGUCUUUCCUAAAGGGUUCCACAUGAAAAAAAAAACUCCCUUAACAGUCCCCUGAAAUACAACUGGCUUUCAACUAGGCAAUAAAAAAACAAAGUGCCCUCAUCUUCUUAUGUUCCAGUGUUGCGUGGCCUCAAUUAUCUGCCUGUAAUCCACCCUGCCUGGAGGUUGUGCCCGUGUCUGCUGCUUUCGUCACCCGCUUGUCAACAGUUGUCCCCCAAUGUCUAUUUCUGAUGCUUAUUUACGGCUCGUCUAUUCUAGAUGGGCAGCGGGGAAGCAGGAGGGUGGGGGUCGGAGGUCCGGGAGACAAUAGAUAAGACAGUGGCGGAGCUGAGUCGACAGCUCGCCGGCUAGUUUUACACUUAAAGAGUGGAUGGGGUAUUUAUAUUCAGCUGGAAAGGCGGGCGAUUGAAUCUGCUCAGCGAUGACUGAUGCGUGCAGUUCACAGUGGUAACACUAGACAUAGUGGUUGUGUUGUGACGAUGAGCGAGAAAUUUCAAUGGGGCCGCACGCCAAACAACGACCCAGCCGAGAAAAUGGCGUCAGCCCAACUAGCAAAGUAGGACAAAGACACCUGUUCCCUGUCUUGGUUUUAAGCAUUCUAGUCUGGUUUUGAUUUUUCCCUCACUCUCCUCGUGUCUUUACAACCACACCAGAAAUAUUUAUUACCCUCACACUGUUCCCUCUUCCUCACCUCUCAAUCUGUCAAUCUAUGUCUCGGUUUCUCCCAAUACACCAUAACUGCAAACCUGGCACGAGCCGCGGAUAAAUGAUUCCACACAUGUGAAAUAAAGGCACGGCACUAAUAAUAGGCAUUACAGGCUGCGUUCUUGGUGGAUUGCGCCCUUUCAGAGGGGAUAAAAAGAGGCUUUUCAAGCAAGCUGAAACAAUGACGAGCAAUAAACCAAAUAUGCUGAAAGGAGACUUGCUGGGAAAGGUGUUGACAACAUCAUUAAACUUCUAGAAAUGAACCAGGGACAUGGAACAAAACCCAAAAAAGACAAAGUUUUCAGGUGUCAAGCCACAAUCUCACCUUCCCUUAGGCCAGAAAUUUAUAAGCCACAUGUUGAACUGCACUUCCAGCACCAGCAGGCCUCAUGCAGCCACAGCAGUGCCACAGAGAGACUUCACCCCCCCAAUACAGACGCAUACAUGGCAGAUUCUAUCAGGCGAGGCCCAGGGAUGCACUUUAGGGAGACGUAGCGCUCCAUCUGUUCUGCAGCGCGGCGCUUUCUGAUGUGGCGUCUUCCUUGUACUUUGACUCUUAACAUAUCACACGAGCUCCGGAAAUGCUCAAUUAGUUAAUUCAGAUAUUUAAUUUGUGCAUCGAGGGCUGUGAUCCCUGUGAUCUCUGGAGCUGUGCCAUGUUUGGAUCCACAGCUGUCUGCUCUGAAAAACGCCCAGCCCCCCCUCCCCGUCAAAAAACACCCAUCCCAGGCACUAAUGGGAAUCUGUGUCUCCCUGGCUCUCUCAGACAGAAAGCAUCGCUGCAUCAGUCUCUGCAUUUUAAAACAGCUUCAGUCAUCCAAGCUUAGUUAAGGUAUAUAUAUACGUGCAUCUGUGUGUGCACGUGUGUGUUUGAGACAGCUAAUGAGGAAUGUCUGCUGUCCUGAAUAAUACAAAAGAGGGAAGCCUUCAGACUCUUGUCUUCUUUGCUUCCUCUCUUUCUUAUCUUCUCUUCCUUUAAAAGCACAGAUGACCAGACCGUCUGCCCAUGAAAGUCAAACAGAAACACACCCAACCGCACUAAACGCACUCGCACAUAAACAUAAACCGCAUGUUACAGUCAUGAUUUGGUUAACACAAUGCCCCGCCUAACUUUUCACCAGCCCUUACCAAGCCUCCAUGCACACGCUCAUCUCCUCCUGUCCUUAUAUUGCAUCCUCUCCUCCUGCUCUUCACACUCCGCACACAAACACACAGUCAUAAAUUGCAGCAUUAACUCAAAUAAUGAUUGCGCAGCAUGAAAAUUCAAUGGCUGGGGCUUAAUGCCGAGGAAUUGCCGGGUAGAUUAAGCUCUGCGUGUGUGUGUUUGUGUGUGCUCGGGGGAGUCUGUGAGGUGAAGGGGAGGGAAGGGGGUGAGGAUGGAUCAAUAGGAGUUCUAUGAUCAGUACCUCCCAGCCAGGAACCUCACAGACAGGCCACUCGCACAACUCGUUUUACUGAUUUGGAUGGCGUGCAUUUUCUCAGUCUGCUACACAGAGAGUGGAGUGGCGGGAAGGGAGCGGGCCAGAAGCUACAUAUGUGUGUGUGUGUGUGAGUAAAAUGUGCAUUUGUGUUUGUUUCUGGUGUGCAGGUCUUACUACAGUUGCAUUGUGUGUGUGUGUGUUUGUGUGUGUUUGUGUGUUGGAGUGAAGGAGGAGGAGGAGGAGGAAGGGUUACUUUUGGGAGAUGCUGUUCCCUGGGCUGCAUCUGUAUUAGCGGUCUAAUGUUCAUGUGAAUAAUUGAUUAGGAACUCUUUGUGUUUUUGAUAAUUAGUUGAUAGCUUCUUAGCUCUAAGCCCUGAGAUUUCAUGUAUGUGUGUGUGUGUGAGAGAGAUGGGAGGUGAGUGUGUGUGUGUUUGUGUGUGUGUGGUGGGGGGUAGGUAGUGCACUUUUAAAGGUAUCCUGAACUGAAAAGCUCUCAAAAAGAAAAUAAGAAACUGCUCUCCUUUAAGCCAUGCACUCAUGGAUUAACUUUCUUCAUAAAUGAGGCAGUCUUAUCUUUCUUUUUUUUUCCCAUAACCUCAUUUAAUUUUGUAGUCUCUCACCUAUGGUUUCAAAAGAAGCCGAAGAGCUUGGUGUUUAAAACAGAAUCUCGUUAAAAAUUAAUACGUAAUUGAAAUAAAAGUUGCAAACUCUACCUGGAAAUUCACAUUUUGUAAACAGACCAGCCUUAGCAAACAACAAUAAACAUUGCAUGCAUGAAAAUAUAUCCAUUGAAAUUCAUGUCUGGCCCCCUCACCACAGUCCGUUCUCUCGUCUUAUUGAUUUCACUUCCUUUCAAAUGCUUAUGCAUCAAGUAAAAACAGAAUAGUGAAGUUUGAGUGCGCUUGGUUUAUCCUCAAAUCCCUGCGCUAAUAUCAGACGGAGUAAAAGAAGAGGGUUUGUUGCCAUCGUCAGCGACCUUGAAGAACAAGACGUUCUUCCUGCUGCUACACACGGACUCACAGUGAUACUUUGUUUUUCCUGCCUCAUGAAUGUAGUGCCAUGCUUCUUGCUGAUCUUUAUACAGUGUGCUAAUCCAUCCAAGAUUCUUCUGCAUCUGAGAAUGUGUUUAACAAUAAUUAAGCAUGCAUAUUGUCCCAAUUGGUUUGCAACAUCAGACAGAUGCUGUAUUUUCUGUAUCUUUUAUCACUGGUGUGUUUAAGUCCAGCCCAGGCAAAGCAGGAAGACCUUAUUAGACUGACAUCUCAUUUCCUCUGUCUGGACAAGGCUCGGUACAAAGGGAUGCUGAGGGGGUAAAAAGGCAGGAGGGGAGCACACGUAUAGUCUAGAAUUCGAGUCUAGCAGAAGGAAGGAUGUCGGGAUGUGUGGACGGGGAAAGAGGACAGGAAGAUGUAGAAGGGGUGAGGGGCACGGCCAAAUCGAAAGCAAAAUGUUCUCAGGGUCAAGGGUCAAGCUCCAGAGUCUGUUAAUGCAGUCACCGUGGGAACCGAUCAAUCUCAGUGCCGGCGGGAUCGAUCAGAUGUUGGCACACAUGGACAAAUACCAGAAUUCAGCAUCACAGCACACAUACUGCAGUCAUUCACAAAACAGUUUCUGUUUAACACAAGGAGUUCAUCUGUAUGGACUCAAUGAAAACAGCUCAACAGAUGGUCUCUGCAAAACAAGGAUUCUGGACAAAACAGAGAGAAAAAUAGAAAGAUUUUACCUUCAAAAACUGUCAGAAAUGGAAGACAGUUCUUGUCAGAUAGGAUCUUGUGCCUGUGCUUUAAUAAAAGCAUUUAUUUAGUGGUACCAAAAAGACUAAUUCCUCGUGAGAAAAUUAUAUGAAAGCCAUCAACUAUGAAUUCGUUCAAGGGCAUGCAGCUGCCUCACUGACUUUCUUUUCAUACACUUGUAGUAGAGUGAGGAAAUAAUUUAUGAAUUUUCUCGCUGUUCAGUUUUAAAUGUUAUUUGGGGCAUUUUUCAGUCAAAUAAAACACUACAGAUCCAAAAUGUAAAAUAAAGAGAUAAAUCAAACAGGAUAUUUCCAUUACGUAUCGACAAAGUGUCCCCGAUUUGACACUGAAAAAGUCAUGUGAUGUGCAUUUCCUCCUGCACGUAUUAUCUGAUGGUUUCAAGUCCACACAGUCACCAGUUUAAAGUGUCUUUUUCUGUUUUUCUCUCUACUAUUGAGUUUGUCUCUAAAACCAAAAGGAAUCUGUUUGUCUUUACAGCCCAUUACACUCUGUCAGGCACCCAUUAGCAACACUGCCAACUGCACACUACAAUGUCAUCUGUGGAGCCAACGGUUGUGUGCUUUGCAUUAGCUUUCUCCCCCAAUAACACUGCUGCAAAAUAAAGUUCUGCAAACUUUCCCUCGAGCAUCUGAACUUACUGUUGUUGAUCACCAAGUUAUUGUAAGCUUGAAGAUUACAGUGGAGAGACAGUUCAGACAAAGGAUUGCAGGGAGCGAGUUUUUGAUUUCUGCCAUCUGGGACAACACUUUUCUGUAGACACCAGGCCGUCUUGUAACAAUGUUGGUACUUUCUGAACUCACAGAUGGUGUUUGGCAUCUGUAUGGCUGGUUAGGGACAUAAUAACAGUCUAAGGUUUCUGUGUGCUCACUCUGAGUCAAACCCACAGGCAUUCUGCACUACCUGAUACGCUGGAUUAGAGAUACAUGCGACCAACAAACAGGUGCUGGUGACAUGAAAUGUUGAUGAGCACGCACACAAUGAUAUAUACACUGUGUAGCGUCACAUGUUAUGAUAGAUUGCAUACAUUCACAGUGCAAAUCAUUGUGAGAAGUUUAAAGCUGAUGCUAAGUCUGCUGACUUAUUGUUGGUAUCUCUCUACAACUGUUUUUUUUUUUACCAUCUGGGUUUAUGUAGGCUUAUUGUCAAUGUGGACACAUUUAAGAGAUUAUACCGACCACAAUGACUUUCAAAAACUUAAGAAGACAGCUCUUUUUUUAGUAUAAUGUGUUUGGAGUUUUUAGAGAGCAGGGGAUACUAUGAAGUCAGUGGGUAGAAACCUCCUGAAUGGCAAGGAAAGAGUUGUUCUUCACUUGCUGCUCAGUCAACAUGGAAAAUAAUCAACAUGGUAACAACAGAUUUUUCUAGCAAUUAAUCUUUUACUUUCUAUGAGCAGAAAUGAUCAUUUCCACUGAAGCUAGUUUCUGAGUAUAUCAUCUGUAGUAUUAUCAUUCCCCUCUGGGCUCCCCUCCCCUUUGACCACCAUCUCCACCUGCCACCUGCUCAUUUUCCCAGCAUUCUUAUCAUCCCGCCAGCACUCAAAUCGAGGCCUGAAUGAACUCUCUGCCAUGAUAAACAAGAGCUAGUUCGGGGGAAGUGAGGUGUGGGAUAAAACUCUGUGCUGUGUGUCCAGAGGAGCAGGACAUAGACUGGAACAUGGUCACCCUCUCCCCCACCCAUCAGGGCACAUAGCUGGGACAUCCCAGGGAUUCUGUCACUCACUCUGUUGUUUUUUUUCCGAUGCGUGUAACUCUAUUUGUGGCUUUUGAAAGUUAUUGCUGCCAAAAAGGAUUUGCAGUAGGAUUUAAGAAGCACUCGGCUUCAUUUGAAACAAGAUAGAAAGUCAGUGGUUUCCUCUCUUUUGUCUUUGUCGAGAAAAUUUGAAGGGAAACAAACAGUUUGGUUGUAAGAUCUGAUCUUAGGUCAGCAGGACUGUGUGUGCUUACACAGGACCACACCAACCGCUCCAUGAUUUCAGAUACAUUGAUGACCAAUUAGCUGAACUAAAUCCUAUUGUUGUUGAUGAAACCCCACACUGAGACUCUUUUCAAUUAAAUCACCAAACUAAACUGGAGCAGCACGGCAUAAUUAAGUGUUCGCGACACUCUGAGAACAACAGGCGCUGUUGUAGGUGAAUUAAUGCCUGUUCCCAGGUGAAUACGGGGCCUGUUUGGCUCAAGGCGAACAGAUGCCAAGACAGGACUGCACCAAAGGAUGGCUGCUAGAGACGCACCGGCAUUGAUGUCGGCUUCAAACCUCACCUGUAGUACUCUGAGACAGCAUUGAUUCUCGUCCAGCAUGGAGAGACGGAAAGAUGGAAGCACAGCUAUUGUUUAUAUACGAGUUGUUUGAGGCGUAUUAACUCACGGUUGGCGUCUGAGUGUGUGCGUUUGCAUGUGCCCCCUCCCUCUCCCACUUGUGUUAAAAAAUAGUGUGAUUCUCUCCAUUCAUUAAGGCUCCACAGAAGGAGAUUCCAUUAAUCUGUUCAUUAGGCCACAUCAAAAAUGGAACUACUUAUUAAAAUCAGAUCCAGCUGUGUACUCUCGUUAAAGCCCGCCGUACGUACGAGGCUUAACAAUGCUCGUGGCACUCGACCAAAAACCCGGCCACAGGAAAGGGGGGUAAGGAUUGGACUAUGUUGGCCUGUUUUGACUCAACACACCAUGAUAAUUGCUCUACUCUUAGCGGGGGGCUAUGAAUAAACAUUACUUUUGUCAGCGAGCAUCUGAAUGCUCGAUUUCCAAUUAAUUUACAUUUGCCCAGAAAUGGAAGAAUGAAUAUCUGCUCUUAAUCACUAUGUUUUAUUUUCUCAAUUUCCCCCAAGUCUUUUCUCAUUCUCUCAUUCCCUGUCUGGCACUUUCAUUCCCUCUCUGACCCACGCUUGCUUUCUUUUUUUACCUCUCUCUCUGGAAAAUCCUAUUAAUCUUAGGCGGUGGUUUUGAACAAAAGCUAUGGGCUAAGCGAUUGAUCCUGGCAUUGAUCCCACUCGCCUGAACGAUCAUAAAGGUGUUAAAUUGGUUUCUUGGAGGAUAUGUAUUUUUCAUUGCUGGCUGCUGCAAGUAGAAGUUCCUGCAUGUAGUUUUUUCUUGACAUGGGUGAUGAUAUUGAAAUAUUAAACAGAUCACACCUUGAAAAGUAGCCUUUAAAUGUGGAUUUUUAGGCCAGUUUGAAGUGAUUUCUGGGGAGGCUGGUUUUUGCAUCAGUGUUAACCUCAAAAGCUAAAUCCUUAUUAUGAGUUUUGCUCCACCCAAGGACAGACAGAGACUUUGGGAAUGUCCACAUACAGCAGAAAAAAAGAGGGAAAACACCUCCACUUGUGUUCCUAUAAAUUCUUUAAUGAAUUUUUAUUAAACUGUAACAGUUUGACUCUAAAUAAUUAUGCUCUUCAACCAAAAUAUAAUGUGUCAUUUUCACGCCAAGGUCACAGCCAACCAACCUUCCACCAAAAACUGUCUGAGAGAGAGUGAGGUUUUGUCAUAUGUAAGAAUUUUAAGUACAAAAGUAAGACCUCCAAAUAUGUGUUCAUCUGCAGGUUUGCAAAAAAUACAGUAGGCAUACAAAGACUAACAAUAGGAGGUUAUAAAAAGGCUUUAACUGCAGAAUAGUUUUUUUGUCUGUCUUCUGUAUCUGAAAAUAUAAUCCAGCGAUUUAGUAACCUUGAGCCUGCUGCUCCUGGAAAUUAAAAUCUGAGCAAAAAUCCUUUAUUACCUUAAAAGUGAGGAAACAUCUUCUUCACCUUCAAGGUAGUCCACUUGAAGUUAUUUUUCUACGUUUUCUAUGAAGCAAAUCGAAUUUCUUUCUAAAAGUUUUAACUUUGUCUUUGAUUUUGUCUUUUCCCCAUUGUGCUGUAAUACAUAUCACACUGUCAGAAAAACUCUGAGUAAAAGUUCAACAAACUUUUCUAUAACUUGGAUCAUUCAAUAUGUAAAACAUAUUAGCUAACAAAUUAAUUCAUCCUGACUUUCCAUAUUUGAACUUUUGAUGGUCUUACAAGAAAUAUCAUUUAGUAAUCUAAUACCAGGAUUUAUAGUACUGCAUGGUGAGUGUGCUGAAAAUUACAGAUCAUAACAAGGAAGUGAGAAGCGGCGGGAUUAAAAACACGACAGGAUUGUUUCCUUUUUACUUCAUACUGCUGGGAACUACGAAUCAGCAACUGAGGGAGUUAUCUUCAUUUUCCAUGACCGUGUUAGCAAGAUAAGAACUGAAGAUUAAAUAAACUCGGUGUGCCGCGGCUCCGGGCGAGUUCAAAGGCUUGCUCAUUUGAACUUUGUACUGUCACACUUUGAAUAAAUCUGAUAGACAGAUUUUUUUUUUCAGGCACUGGCAAUCAGCCAGCGUUUUACUGACUGUAGUGGCUGCAUUUUCACAUCAGCGAUCAAGACUUGCAUGUGACAAAAAGAAGCUGUCAUUGACUCCGUGUCGAAAAGUUCAUAUUAUCAGUGAGAGCAUGCAGCAGAUCAUGUAAGAUCAGGCGCUGUGAGUGGUGCACAUUCGACACAGCAAAGGAAGAGCUUGUCAGGGAAACAGCUCGUGUCGCGGGCACUUAAAAAGGUCAGCGGACUGAACCCCAACCCCUGGCCCGCCCUCACGCCUGUCUGUCUGUCACCAGUUCCCCUCUCCCAUGUCUUGGCACCUAUCACCCGCCGUCGCCCCUUCUGAGCCGCCCCCUUUGAUGACCCAGGCCUCUUGUCAGAGAAGAGCUUCUGGGCAGGCAGAGGGAGGACAGCCCUUUGAUGAGGACCCCAACACUUGCCAGCACUGCUGACAUGCACGAGGGGGUCCUUUGAUGAGCCUGGGUCUUACAUGUACCCAUCCAUCCGUCCCCACACACACUAAUGCACAGUGAAACACGUGCUUCCAGGGUAGAUGGUGAAACACAGAAAAAGGGGAUCGGGGCUCAGUAUAGAGAGCUUUCUCUCUGAUGGUUUUAAUGAAGGCAUUUGAAUUUUUGGCGUGAGACGCCUUCGGUGUGGGACUGAAAAAAACAGAUGUAAAAGAAAGAGGAGGAGGCUGACAGAGAAGUCUAUGAGACUGUCAAAAUGUAAAAAAAAGAGUCACAGACACUUUGUUCUCUAUUGUCAUCUGACUUUGACUGAUAAGAGUGAUUGGAGACGUGAGGCGCUCCUAAACUGGGUACUUUUGGAAUAUCUUUUGGCUGAUUACUCUGUGAACCAAAAUCGUUGCCAUUUUCAGGAUGCAUUUCUUAAUAGGGCUGGGCAGAAAACUGAAAAUUUACUGAUGUCAACAUUUACGUCAAUAACCGACAUCAUUUUGCCCAUAUUGGUAUAUUCAGUGUCAAAUGAAUAAAUAAAUAAAAGUUGGUUUUGGAUGUGUGUAGGUAGGCUAUGGCCACAUGUCCCUCAAGACGCUGUCCAAGUCAGAAAUGUGACUCCACCCCAUCCAGUCCAUAAUGAAGAGGGAAAGACAGGUGAGGAGAUGGAGGACAGUUCAAAAGUUGGAGCGGCAGCUGGAGUAGACAAUAUAAUAUGAGAGGGGGUAAACAGCUUGCAGAGUAGUUGUCGUCCAUUGAUCGUUAUCGAGGUGAACUGCUCAACAUAUCAUGAUAUUGAGUUGAGGCCAUAUUGCCCUAUUUCCUAGUCAUGCUGGUAAUCUGUCUGAUAUUUCCUUUAUUGUCUUGAUACUUGCACAUUUGUUUACUCCAAGAACAAAUUAUGUACAAUUGCUACAGUUGUUAUGGUAAUCAUGGUCAUAGAAUAAUCUGAAGUGCAGAGUUCUUCCUUUCUAUUUCGUCUUACUGUGCAUGAGUACAUUUUUCUUUUUCAAAAAUUAUAUUCAUGCCCGUUUCAUGUCAAAGGCCAAUUUUAGCAGGUUGUUGUGACUGUGCUAUAGUUUUGGUUCUCACAUAAUCCACUCACCUAAUGAGUUACCUUUGACAGAUCCUGUAAGGCCAUGACAGUAACCAGCAGCUCAGGUGUCUGAGUGCUGUACAACAGUGUUGGUAUGAUAUGACUACUCUUGGACAGUGUUAUGGCACACUUCUUGUUAUGUCUGCCUCAAACUUAAACAGACAGUGUUUGACACACCAGUCUAAUCACCAGACAUAACAAAGACAACCAACAAGCACUGGAUUACAGAUUAGGUCACAACUGCUUCAUCUCAUACAAGGUGAUGAGUUCUCAUCCGCAGUUACAGUUAUUUCAAUCUCUGGUAGAUUACAAAAGUCAGGAGAAACUCCUCUCAAACUGACUUCACGCUGCACCUGCAUCGACCCACAUUCUUCACACUACAAGUGACACAAGUGAUGAGCAUCACAGUCAGUUCUCACAGACUCUCAGCAACAAAGUAACACGUCAACCACAAGAGCGGCACAUUAUUCCCAAUGAAAGAGCGCAAUGUUUGUUGAUAGAAAAAGGGGGGAACCGGAGGACAAAGAAAGAACCUCUCAUACAUUUUCCUCAUUCCUCCCUUCUCAAUGUGGCCCUUUUUUGUCUGAGUCUGGCUACGAGGAGUAAUGAUUAACACAGCCAGGCCUGGGAAGAGACUAACAGUUACAAUAGAGGGGGUUGUUUUGGUGUAAAGAACCAGCGAUUGACCUGCAAUGGCUUCCCAAGCUCACCUGGCAGGUCCCUGGGAGCCAGCGGCUGGCAUUUAGGAGAGGAGGGGGGAAAAAAGGCUACUUAAUCAUUAUCAUCUGUGGAAUCACUCAGACUGCUGGCAAUAGGCAAACAGAUACACCCGGCAACUUUGUAAAAUCAGGCACGUAGCAAAGUGUUUAACUGAGUGUGGAGAGGUUCACAUGAGAAAGCUUAAGAAUGUGUAGAGGGAACAUUAGAGCUUUGUGUAAGGAUGAAAAACAACUUAUUGACCUACGUGUAAGCUUAUCUCGCAAACAGCUGCCAGCCAAAACUGAUAGGGUGCCUUUACUUUAGUGCUCAGGAACUAAGUUUAACUCCAUGUGAACACUGAAGAAAAAACACGCAGGCAAGUGUUUCUGAAUAAGGCUGUAACAUAAGCUACAUUCACCUGACAAGUCAAGAUAAACAUGUGAUUUUGAAAUGUUAGAAUCAAGAAAAAUGACCCAUUAAUGAGGGGGGAAAGCUAACUUGAUGACAAAUAUGAUUUUUUUUUAUUCAGGACAAACAUUACAUGUCUUAUUUUUGGAUUCUAAUAUCUUAGAAUAUGAUUUUUACCAAGACUUACCUGAUAAGAUAAUGCAGCCUGGAAUGAGAUUUUUUUUUCUAGAUAUGAGACAAUUUUAUUUUUAAUUGUAUUAUUUUAAUAAAUUAAUUAAUUAUUUAUUAUUAUUAUUAUUAUUAUUACUAUUUUUAUUUUUAUUUUUUUUUCUGCAGUGUAUCAGUGAAUUGUUCACGAUUUGAAGAAAACUUAAAUAUAAAUUAUUCUACAUUUGUUUUUUGUUAUGAUUAUCUUUGUGCGUCACCAUCAUCAAGUCCAUUGGAUAGACGUUUGUUUAUAGACUAGAUCUGUUGUUGCACUUUUAUCACAUUUAACUCAGAGGCACUCAAAAGUUGGCAACUUCUCUGUCCCAACAAACGUUUACCAUGAAGAGCAACAGACUCUGACUCUUACUGUUUGAAGAAAGUAAAAGAAACUGCUUAAAAACCACGUAGUUGACAUGAAGUGUUUUUUCUUACCAGGUUGACGAUCAGAUGAAGCUGCUGCAAAACUGCUGGAGCGAACUCCUCAUCCUCGACCACGUCUUCCGGCAGGUGGUGCACGCCAAGGAGGGCUCCAUCCUAUUGGUGACAGGGCAGCAGGUUAGAUAACUUUUCUUUUUCUUACUCAGUCCGUGCAUUUUCAUCCUCUAGGGAGUCUGCAUCACCUCCUCAACAUUUGCCUUAGAGUCGUAUUGAUCACUCAGCCACGAAGGAGUCACUGCCUCAUUAAAAAUAGAUCAUGCUUAUAGAUAUAAACUAAUGCUAACAUGGGGGAUCAAUUUUGCAUUUUUAGUUUGUGCUUCAUUUGUCAGCAGAUAGGUGACAGGGUGGACAGUUCACAAAUGUUGCUAGGUGAGGUAUUAGAUUUUACUGGAGUCUUUGGUAAGUCAGGACAAAGCUGCCUAAAAGUUUACAACAAAUCAGAACACUAAGAACUAGUACCUUAAUACAAACAAACAGAAAGGUAGAGAAAAGGAUAAAAACGUGAGAAAAGGGGAGAGAAAUUGAUGGAAGCAGAAGUCAAAUGAGAAGAAGUGAAGAAGACGUGGGUCAAGGCGUGAAAAUUAGAAACUGAUUCGAAACAAAACAUGGCAAAAAUGAGAGAAAGAGGAUGGAAACAAGAAAGGAAAAGAUGGAAAAAAGAAUGAGAGAACGGAAAAGAAAAACAGUGAAGAAGAAGGAAAUGAUGAGGCAUUUUGACAGGAAAAGAGCUGUGAGGAGGAGGAGGAGGGAGGAGGAGGAGCUGAUAAUCAGGGGAGGCACAGGACGGCGGUUUCGUUUGCAUACUUUGGUUAAUGAACAGCUGGUGUUAGGGUGAGGGGCAGUGGGGAAAUGUGUGCUGGAGUGUGUGCGUAUGUGUGUAUGUGAGACUCUGAAACAGUUCAUUAUUCCCUAUUAUUCUCUGCCUGGCCAGGGGUGACAGCACAGUGAUCACACCAGGGAUAUUUAAAACACAGCAGCAGCAUCACCUUAAGCAUAUGCUACACACACACAAUACCAAUCACAUAAUAAUAACUGUUGGAGCAAACAUACUGCUCUGUAUAUUGGCCUCAUUAGUCUGUAAUUCACUCCAACGCAUACAUUCAAACACAUUUAUCUUAUCGAUUGAGGAAAUAUAGUAGAUUUAGAGGUUUUUAAGUCCAGACACUUGGCAGAAAGAAAAACUAAUAUCAAAAAAUAACACUUUUGUUAACUGUUUAUUCAACAACGCUACUGUGGAAGCAGGGGAAUGUAUAAAAACUUGCGUCCAGGACAAUUUUAAUGAUGAAUCAUAUUGAGCGUAUCUCAUUAUAUAGCGCAUUGUGUCGCGUAUCGUAUUUUAUCAUAAUGCACUGUGUAUCGUUUCAUGUAUCAUAUGUCCUGUUGCAUUGUGCAUUGUAUCGUAUUGUAUAUUGUAUCAUAUAUUGCAUACCUAAUCAUAUACAGCAUCAUGUGAUAGACAUUAUUUUUGUGCGUUUCCAUAGUUUUAUCAUGGAGAACAACCAACAGCUACACCUACUUUCCAAUUGUAACAUUGCCUAAUAAUGGAUGAACUCAAUCACAGUUUACUCCAGUUUUGCAUUUCACUGAGAUGAGCUGUCAGCAUCUUCACCUUCUGCUGCUUAGAGCGCUCUCACUCUGAUUCGUUUCAACCAUUUUAUUGUGGAGUUGAUUCAUUACAGAAGUGACACAAAUAUCAUAGUUUAUAUCCAGCUUAUCUCCUAGCUGAAAAAAAAAAAUCAGCGUGUAGAGUUAAAAGACAAAAAAAGAUUAAAAAAAAAAAAACUUUGCAAAGGAUAAUGGUAGAUCCCAUAUGUACUGGCGGGUUAACCCAGAGACAGCCCAAGACAGAUUUAACCCUGAUUUUAAUUCAAAUAUAUGUAGAGACCGUGUCUGCUCAGUUUGUGGAGCGUCCUUCUGAACAAGAUAAUGUCUUUUUAGCUCGAGUUUCUAUGAAAAUGAACAAUUAUACUUCUCAGACAGAAAAUUUUAUGUAAGGGCAUGCCUUUAAUACAAGCCUGCUUCAUAUAAUGGCCUGGUACCUUCAACAGUAAAAGCAAAUAGAGGCAUCUAUAAGUUAUAUUUGGGGAUUCAAAUUACUCAAGGGUAUUGUGAUAAAUCAGUCAGACUUAACGGCACCAAAUCAGUCCUUAAAGAUUUGACUCCCUAUUUCUUUUUGUUUAAAUCAAGCUCUUUAUUUGCUCCUGCUUGUCAAGCUCUGCUCCUUCAAAAGAAAAUCAUGUACCGGCAGAUUUAUUGUUAUAGUGUGUUUGGCUUUUCUUUCUCAUCUUUUAUAUUCUUUGCUCGCUCAUUUCAGAUUUCUUUUCUUACUCUCUGUCUCAUUCUGACAUGUUGUGUUGAUCUGUCACCAACAGCUGUUAGAAAUGGACCUGAAUACAUUCAUUUCUUUGGAUUUGGAUGUUAGACAAGAGGCUGGUUCGCUUUACUGUCAUAGGAUCAAACACACAGCGUAGCUUUAACAAAUGCGAACAAACGUGAAAUGACAACGAUUGGACUGAACUGUUGAAUGAUUAAGCAAGGUCUCACAGCUUGGCAGCAUGUCUUAGGUAUCAAAUCCUGAUAUUUUGAUAGCACAGUGCUUCUGGUGAACAUGAAAUUCAAAUGACGGAGAAAUGCAAAAACAGGCUGCAGAUUUCUUUGCUUUCAAACAAGGUACAUUUUCCUUCCCCUUCCUCCACACACAUCAAAGCCUCGACGCAUCAAACUGAUCCCACCUUCUAUAUUCAUCUUUAAUGUUCUGCUAAGAUUGUUCAUCCUAUUCAUGAUGGGUUAAGAUUUGAAGGUUUAUUCAUAUAUUUACUCCCCAUGUCUCUCCAGGAGGGAUAAUAAAGUAGUAUUGAUUGAUUGACUGAUACGCAGGUCACCAGGGUUAGUGCUAAGUCUGCUAUAGUGACAUUAUAGCAUCUCUUUCUUCUCUCUUUUACUUAAGGCUGGAAGGCAAUAACCCUAGGCAUCACCAUCAACAGUCCAAUCCUUCAAUGAAGUUAUUUCAUGCACAGUUGAUUUUAUGUAAAUUGAUUGACACCUUGGAAGGGGGGCAGUGUCUGCUGCUCACCGAGUCAUAACUCUUUACUGUCUUGAAGGUGGGAGGAAGAAAAGAGAGAGGGACAAAGGAGUUGAGGGGGAAAUGGGAGAGAGUACAGUAGUGUAGGAAAGGAAAAAGGUAAAAAAAGGAGAGAAGGUGAAAGUAAAAGAGGAGGGAAAAACAGCAGCAUUGUAUUUUUAACCCUUUCUCACCCUCAGAAAGAUGAAAAACAAACUCCAGUUAUUCUAUUUACACAAUAAAUAAUUUUUGAAUCCGGGGGUGCUUUUAAUUGCAAAUGGGGGCUCAAGGGGACCCUCCGCCUCCUCUCUAAGCUUUAGGAACUGUGCACACCAACAUCUACCUUCCCCUGGAAACCCUACCACAGUCAAUUAUGGUAAUGAAUUGUCAAUAAAUAUAAAAAUUUAAUAUGGUCCUGCUUACUUUGAGUGGCAGGUAAGGACUUGCCUCCCAGACAAAUGUGCUGCGGCUGCAGAUACGAAAUGCACCUGAAAAAGGAGUGUGUGUGUGUGUGUACAUGGACAAAUAGGUUGCACCCAAGAAAGAUGGUUUUAUAGGAAAUCUAUGCAUCAAUCUAUCAGUCUAUCUCAUUUUUUGCCUGUCUCAGCAUGUUUUUCUUUUGCUGUAUAACGGAGAACAAAGUCAGAAGUCAAAUCCAGCCGGACCAGUCAGACUGAGGUGAAUUCCCAUGUACGAUAUCCGUAUGCCCCCAGCAUGUUGCCAUCUAAAAAAAAAAAGUUAAACUGCAAAACCCUCCAGCCUGAAGCUGCUUUUUUUUCCACACAUCCACUGGUGCCUCACACCCUGACAGACAGACCAAAGCUUUUAACUCUAUGUUGAGGGCAGAGUAGCAUCACGAAAUCCAUCGUAGUCGUAGGUGUCAAUCAUUACUCCACAGGGGGUUUGAGCUUUUUUUUUUAAUCGAAUAGCUCUUGAAUUGGAAGAGUUAACAAAUAUUCACAGUUAAAAACAGCAAAACCAAGGGGAUGUUAUCAUGUAACUACAUCCCAACAUAGUCAACUGUCUAUCAAGCUGUCUAGCCCUUAUUUCCAACAUGCUACUCCAUAUGUUAUCCACAGCAGUUGUCAAAAACUUCACAUGGUACCUUGAAGAGAAUAUUUCUGCCUACACAGAAGCGCUGAAAAUCACUGUACAUCUCUCUCCCUGCUUUUUCCAGGUGGACUACGCAGUGAUCGCGUCACAGGCGGGGGCCACCCUCAAUAACCUGUUGAGCCAUGCCCAAGAGCUGGUGGUCAAACUACGGUCCUUGCAGCUGGACCAGCGGGAGUUCGUCUGUCUCAAGUUCUUGGUCUUGUUCAGCCUGGGUAAGUCUAAAAGAACGCCGCAGAGAGAUGAGUCAAGAGGAGGGAGGAUUUUAGAAGAUGCACCAAUAACAGAAAAAGAGAAUACUUGUUCUUAGAAAGUCUCCCAAGACCUGAUGGCCUGUUUACAAAACAGAUACAGAAGGGAAAAAAUGACAUCGACAAAUUGUCCCUACACAAAAACAAGUCUCUACAGAGGAAGAGGCUCAAAGUGAUGAAAUACAGUUAAAAGAAGCAGGAAGGAUUGCAAAGGAAGGAUAUAGAAGGUAGGGCGGGAGGUAGGCCAAAACAGGUCCCUGGCAGUGGUAAAAGAUCUAUAGCAAAAGGAGGGAGGGAAAGGAAAGGAUAAAAGGAAGGAAGCAUACAGGAGGUGAGUGCAGAGGAAGGGACAAAAGAGAAAGUGAGGAGGGGAGGGAAGGGGUUUAUGUCUCUUUUCCAACAGGAAAAAGGCAAAAGGGAAGUUUUUAUACACAACUGUGGAUUUAAGGUUUCCCUAAAUGCUAAAUUAUGAAAAUAAAUGUGACAAUACUUUCCCUUUUUUUUAUUGUGACUUUCAGUGAGGCAAUCGUUUUUUCUUCUAUCUAAUACAUGAACUUGAAGGCGCAGUGGAAAAUCUUUCUCACCUCUUCUCUUACCAAGAUGAGAGAUACAUUACUCAAUUUUUUUCACUGUAAAGGUCCUUACACACUGGGAGCGCUUUUUCGUGCGAUUAUUUCGGAUGUCAAUAUUUUUUUUCUGAACUCGUAUCCUGUCAACACAAGCGUUCACAUCAGCGAUGUUUUCCCGUCCUGCGAUAUUGCUGCAUUUAUUUUUUUGUAUCACGGACGAUUUUUCUCAAGUUUCACAUACUGGUGUCCACUGAUGACCAAUCAGAUUUCGUGUUGUUGUGACGUCAGAUUCACCAGUAUAUCCAACAUGGCCGACCGGUUGAUUGUUUAUGUGUCGGAGAACAGAGUGCUUUUUGAUUAAAAAAAAAACAAAUAUUACAAAGAUAACAACCUGAAGGACAACUUGUGGAGAGUCACAGCGUCGAAUUUCUUAUAUGACGAUGGUUUGUGUGCUUUUACAGUUUGCUAAACGUCUUUGUUUUAACUUUCAUCUGUGCUAAGUAACUUCAGCUGGUAAGCUAACCUGUUCAGAUACAACAUACUAUAUGUAUUUUCACUGUCUCAAACUCAAUCGUGUUGCUUCACAGCACCAUUAGGUCUCAGUUGUUACCUUACGUUUAUGGAUUAUAGUUUAAUGUGUUUAUCUGGUACUGGCCCCGACUCAGUACAUGCUAUCAUGACAGACAGACAUCUCAACACUAGUGUCUAAUCAGAACUGAAAAACAGUCGGUCUGCUGUUGUGUCACUUGAUGUGUAUAAUCAGGUGCGUCAAAAUUCCCCUCCAAAUACUAUUUUGCGUCAUAUAUUUGUGCUGUUCCUCGUGUGUAAGGACCUUUGUAUUUUAAGGUGAGGGGUAUGAUGAGUAUGGGAUUGAGAUUUUCUUUUUUUUUAUUGAUUUGUUAAGAUUUUUUAUCUCUCUCCAACUGUGCUUUACUGGAGAGGAAAAGGACGGAGGAGAAAGAGAUUAUCUGCAAAAGGGUCAGGGAACAAACAAGGAGUUGGAGAUAUGUGGUGAAAAAUUGGGGCGAGUAUUGGGAAGCAUUUGGGAUGGACUGAGGAGAAGGGAGUUGAGAGGUGAGCAUGGGGUUGUGGAAAGAGGAGAGAUUGAUGGAAAAGUAGCCAAAUAAAGGACGAAAAGAAGAGGAGAGCUGAUGAGUAGAUAUAUGUGGGGUUUGUGCGUGUGUGUGUGUGCGUGUGUGUAUUCAAACCCCAAAGCUGCUCUCCAAGCCGAGGUCAGACAUUGCCAGGAGACUGUCAUCUCUGUCUCUUACCUAACAAGUCGGCAACAAAUGGCCUCUGAGGAAUACACACACACACAAGCACAGACACACACUUGACCGAAUCAACUAUUACAUCCAACGAAGUGAAGCCAAGAUGUUACAGUAGCUCAGCACACACACACACAUACACACACACACACACACACACACACACACACACACACACAUACACACACACACACACAGUAUGAUGAAUAUUUACCUCAUCCUCUCCUUCCUCUCCCUCCAUCCAUCUGAAAUCCACGAGGGUCACUCUCUCACUUGUUUACCUCCUCUAAACAAAGAAAGAGGGACUAAUGAAUAGCUAGGCAAAGCAUGCACACACACAGAGGUGAUCAGGCAGGAUUAAUGUUCAGCGAAGAAUGAGAGAGGAAGAGCAAAAGGGUUUUGGGGUGUGUAUGUGUGUGUUUGUGCAUGUGUGUUUGUUUGUGCGGUCUUUUUUUAUGGAGUGGGGGUGAUGCUGGGGCUCAGGGUCUAAAUAAUUUGGCAGAAACAUCAUCCAUAAUGAAAGGCUCACCUGAGGGAUGUGUAUCGCCCCCGGCAGUGCCUGUUCUCCGGCGUGCCUGGGCCUCCCGCAAAAGAAACCUGACACAGACGCCGUAGAGCCGUAUGGGGGGAUCAGUGUUGGGUGUGUGUGUGUGUGUGUGUGUGUGUGUGUGUGGAGGGGUGGGGGGGUGAGAAUGAGGGGAGAGGAGGGGAGGUUGAGUAAUGUAAAGCCAGGAGAGUUGAGAUUGAUCUGAUUAAUAUGACACUCAGCUGAACACAGAUGUGUGUCUGUAUGUGUUAUACAUACAUUUACCUGAGGGAAAGUGCAUAAUGUGUGGAAAUGAGGAGUGUGUGUGUUCAUGCACACACACACACACAUCUACAGCUGCUUUUAAUUAACAAGGAUUGUAGUGAAAUGAGGCAUGAAAGUAGCUCUGCACCAACAGCUGAAGUGAAAGAUUACACUUUACCGUUUUAUUAGCUUUCUAUCAUUUCUCAUUCCAGUUACUUAACUCUCAGUCUCAGAUUGGAUAAAUUGGCUGUAUUUAUCAUGAAACAGGUGCGGACAUCUGUUUCUGCAGUACUAAUGUUGUCCCGUUUACUUUGGCAUUGCUGGUUUAAUCGUAAAAUUAAAUACCGCUUCAUUUUUUAUUUUGACACUUUUUCUUUCGGCUGGUCAAAUACAGCUCAGUGCAUGUCCCUGAGCUUUAAAAUAAGUACCCUACUGAACUGGCACUUGUGGGGCUCUGUGGUUGAAGUUAGCAGUAGCUGGUAAUCAAGGGUCUCUUGGGACUUUUGGAUGUAAACCCAUUACUCUUUCCUUGUGUUUAGGCGUCAAAACAACCAGGUAAGUUUUCAGGGAAACAUCGUGGAUGGUGUCACAUGUUUUCUAACUUGCUCAUCAUCCGUAACCAGGUUUUAUGAGGGUGAAAUCUUAUUGGUACAACUAUCCUGACCUAGCUUUAUAUAAAAAAAUCCUGUCUUACCUCUUCAUUAACCCCAACUCCCGCUUAAAGCAGACUUUUGUGUACCUUGUCUUUCAUUACCGGUUUUCUAGAUGACUCAUUUUAAAUCUACUAGGAGGACAUUUUUAAGAAACGACACUUAACCCACUGAUCAUUUUUGGUCUAAAAGAGAUCUGAUAGACGUCUAGAUGUCGCCUAGACGACUGGUCUAAAAUCAGGCUACCACAGGUCUAAAAAUGAAAGUUUUUCGACUAAAUUUAGACAAAGUUUAGACCAAGUCUAAAUCUGGGCUAUAUCUAUACUACACUGUAUAUUGCUCAAUGGCUAUCAUAUUUAUUGUGGUUAAAUGCUUAAAGAUCAGUUAUGCAACUCACAGUUGCUUUUUGUCAUAAAUAGUUAUGGAAUAAUGUCUAAAUUCCAUCUAAAAAGUAUCUGGACGGUUAAAAUUAGGUCUUAAAAAAAAAAUAGAUGUCUAAUAGUCGUCUAUUGCUCAGUGGGAGGGUGGACUCUCAUCUUCGUAUUUCAAAGUACUUUCUUUAAUUUUAACAGGGAUUUUUAAACAGUCUUGGUUUUAUUUGAUGUAAGGCUGAUUAAAGACAGUAGUUUUAUGUUUUUUAGUCUUUCCCCCUUUUGUUCUGUCUGUGUCGCUGGUUUUCUGCUCUAUCUACAAGACUCUCCGUCACCCUCUCUCAUUCCAAGGAUGGGCUAUCAGUCACCUUCUCGCUGCCUGAAGGGUUCUUAGUUGAGCCAGUUGUCGAUAUAGACAGAGAUAUAGAUGUCACUCUAGCUUAGGAGGGAUGCUUGUCCUAAUCGGUGAGCAUGUUUCCUCUCAGGGUUAGGCAUCCUACUUCUUCUUCUUAAUUCUUUUAUUUUUUUUAUCAAUCCUUUCUGUCCGUCUUUCUAUCUCUCCUUGUCCCCUGUCACUCUUUGCUUGUCUUGAGUAAAGGCUUUUACCCUCUAUUAAGGAGGAGAUUAUCACCCUGAGAGCAUUGAUCUCUUAAGUGUUUAGAAGGCUUCCAAGCAACGAUUGUGUGUGUUGGGUUUUGAGCAAGAGACACACGAAACAGAGGAGAGAGAGAGAGAGAAAGAGAGACGGACUGAGCGAUGAGUGUGCUGCCUGGGUCAGAGUUCAGUAAAGGAUUACUACUAGUUGUCGUAAGGCGUCAGGUCACUGUUAAUGGGUCUUUGAUUUCCUUUAAAAGGCCUUAAAGCCUAAUAGAAAGACUGACAGGUUGUUUUACAUAUGACCAAGGUGUCAUGAGCACCCAGAGGUGAGGAAUGGGUCACAAGUUCAAAUUCAGGCUGCAGACUUUGUUUUUGUUUUUUUUAAAUGAAUUAGCACUACUCUGCACUGUAAACGCUUUGUAAAACAUUUUUUUAAUGGUUUGAUGUGAAAAGGGAUAAACUGUGAGUUCAAAAAUUUGGGAUUUUGGUGAUACCAUACUGCUCAAAACCUACAUACCGACCUUUAUUUUCAGCGGUAGGAAAGAAAAAGAAAGACAAAUGUUAAAAAAAACUUCUCCAUUAUUCAGAUAUGUAUGCGGGAUGCAUGCCACAACAUAUACACAAGGUUUCUACAGGCAAAGCAGUGACAGAGGUCAGGGAGUGUUCAGCGAACAAUCAGUUAACCCAGCUCUGCGGGGUCAGACCCCCUCCAGUCUAAUUGGGUGAGACAGGCGCUGCCAGUCCUCGUCAGCCGAGAGGAAAACCAGGGGAGCUGCCAGAGCUCCGCAGGAUGGUAAAUGCUCCCAGCAGAGAGAGCAGAUUUGUGGACACAGACCUAAAUAACGCUCUCAUGUUAAAGCCUUUAGAGGCAGCAAAGAUAAUAAAAAUGUGAAGGAUUUAAACUUGCACUUGUAAACUCGGUUUUCAGGGUUUUAGUGCUCCCCUAAUGCUGUUUGACGUGUAGAAACAGAUGAAAAAAAAUGUUUUACAUUUAUUUUGAUUAAAGGAUCAUAACUUAAAUCUGAUCUCUAGAGUCCCAUUUCUCAAAUGGAAAGUCUUAGAUGCAGCAUCUCUGUGAAUUGCCUCUUACUUGAUGACAUUAAUGCUGGGGAUGAUGUUGGUGAUAAGGGCAUGGCAUUCAUGAUAUUGAGGUUAACUACAAAUCUGGAAAUGGUCACUUGAAUUAAGGUUUGGAUAAAAAUCACAGCACUGGACUCAAAUCAGUUUGUGGUACUAACCACUGUCAUUCCCUGUUAUCUCGAUCCUUGCCUGUUUUGUAUUAACUCUCUGGUGUACGUCACUUUGAACAAAAGCGCAUAAUGAAUGAAAGUGUAGAGUUGUAAGCGACUGCAUCAUUAGUCCAAAACCUGCUAAAAAAAUAAACUCAAACAUAAUUUCACUCAUUUUUGUUUAGUUUCGAGAGCCUGAAAUCAGUUCAUUGGAACCAGAUCUUUUUAGUAUUAAGUAAAGCUGCGAGGGAUGAUAAUUUUCAAUCCUGAUCAUGAUUUUUUUUCCAGUUAAUUAAUUUAUCAUUUGGUGCAAGGAUAAAAAAAAAAUUCUGGCAAUAAAAAAAUUAAAAAGUCUGUGUUGAUAUUUUCAAAGCUAACUGGCUUUUAUAAAUAAUAUGCUGUUUAAAAGUAAGACCACCAUGUUUAUCUCACAAAAAGGCCAAUUUUGUCAGUGAAACACAUACUCAAAACAUGAUGAAAUGUUUACUGCCGGCACUUUUUUACUCCAGGUUAGUGAUUAGGAAUCAGAAGUGCUGUCCAUUCAUAAGAAACCAAGACAGGUAGUGAUUCAAGAGCUGCCUCAGCACCACUUUAACUGUCUGUCAAGUGAUUGGUCAGGCUCUAAGGUUGGAGUUUAGAGACACCCAGCCAUCCAUUCCCACCUGCCCUCCAUCCCUCACCGUCUGCGCAGCCUCCCUGCAUUGUCUCUCCUCUCAUUGCUCUGCCCCGUGUCUCUCUUUUUUUUCUGCAUCUAUCUUUCUACGCCUCGAUCUAUCACAACUCCAUCCUCACAGCCACCUCCAUCGCUCCUCAUUCGUCUUUUUCCACGUUCCGGACUGCCAUUUGACUUUUAACUUCUCCUCAACCUUUUACCUUCCUGUGAAUGUCUUAACUGCAGCCCAUUAAAUUUGUGGUGAGCCUUCAUCCUUACUUGCUCCUUAAAAUGAUAAAAAAGUAAAAAGCCUACAUAGGGCUGAGAAUAAUUUGAUGAGUUUCCUUUUUUUCUGCCCUCACACCACCUCUACAAGUCUGUGUCUCUCAUUGACAUGUUCGGUGUGCUACAAAAUGAAGGCAGAAUUUUCUUGUUUUGUGCGCCACGAGGUCAGACAUCAAUCUGCUGACAACACAAACACAAGAAACGUGAUUAACCUUGACAACAAACGACAAGCAUUCUUCCUUAAUCUCUCCCCGUCUAUUUCUCCAUCAUAUUUAUUUCCACACAAUAAGAGAAAAAACAACAACAAAUAAUUCCCAGACAGGUACAUCCUAAUUAAGCAACAGCCGAGGCUGCUCAGAAUCAAUGCCCUGAUCCCUGGCUAGUGAGCAAGGGAGCUGGCUAAUUCAUGCACACCAGCUCCCCUCGCACCCCAUAAAGCUCGGCAAAUAUUCAUUUCCUGAAACGAACCGAAUCAUUUAGAAUUCGGUCAGGGAUUGAUUAACAUCAAGAGGCAGCGACGGUUCAAUAUUUACACCCAUAGAGACCCAUGCGGGCACCAAAUAGGGAAGCAUAAAACCGGAACAACUGUUUACAGCUUAAUUAAAAGCAACAUAAAAGAGGUUUUUUUUUUCCCCUUUGUGCUGCUGUCUGUCUGUUGUGCUGUAAGUCAACAGAAUGGAGUCAUCAUCUCUACCUUUGACCUGAUCAAUACCUGUAUAAAGGUAGGGUUGGAUGUUUUGCUCUGGACUAAAAUUGAAAUAUCACCACCUCUUUGUUGUUUUACGAGGGACAAGGAAACGAGGAUCAGCCAGGAAAACAAGUUUUUUUUUCAUGAUUUAGACACUGUUACUUAAGAAGAACAUUAAAAUGAAAGACACAACCUAUCAGUGAAAGUACAAGUGACAAACAGUAGCUGCAUUUACAUAAAUACACAAAUAAUCAAAAUAAAUGCCUGAAUAAAACUGUGCCAUGUGGAAAUGUCAAUCAGAAGAUUCUGAUCCAAUUCGGCUCAUUUGGAAAGAAGAAUUCCAAUCAAGAGGGGUAGUUUAUGCCAAUCGUUAUUCCGAAACGUGUCGAUGUAAACACUUAUUCCGAUCGUGACUCUCUUGCCUGACUCGAUCUUCACUUUUUCUUCACAAAUUUUUAAUCAGAGAAAUUUUGCACAUGUAAGCAUGGCUAGUAAGAAGAUACAGAUGUAAACAAAGACUAGAGAGGACUAAAAGUAGACGUGGUUUGCAGACACUUAGCCUGUGCAAAGCUUAAACUCCUGAGUAACUUCUUACAGUAAGAAGUUCUUGAGAAAACACAAAGAUACAGUUUGCUCCAUGUUGAUGAAAUAUGGCAAGAAACACACACAGCUUUCAUUGUGUUUGUGUUUGUGCAUUUGGACCUGCAGCCCCCUUUUCCUGACUUUCAUUACGUGCCAGGCAAAUCACACUCUCAGUGACUGGAUUGGUGCAAUGGCAGCUACAAUUGAAAAUACAGUAGUCGUGAUUGCACCGGGGCGCAGACAAUAUAUGUAAGGUUAGUGAAGUGCAGUCCGUGCACAGCAGCAGCAUUCAGUGCUUUUUCAUCAUGAAACUUGUUGAAACGCUCGACAAACACGUGUUGAUUGGGAAGUAUUGGCCCCUCAUAUUUCAAACAAAUCUUUUUACCACCAUCAGCUUCCAUCAGGCAUCUUUGUGACGGAGGAAACAAACAAAAAAUUUGCUCAAACUUCUGUCCCCUAACCCAGCUAAUCACGCUUGAGUGUGCUGACUUUUCUUUUAUUUUCUUUCAUCUUAUCAGGAGUAGGUGGGAGUGUGCCCUAAAGCAAUGAACCUAAUACUGUCGCCUAUUUUCUGUCAAUUUUAGCCUAAGAAAUCUAACGUGGCGUGCAGUCAGCUCCCGAUGCCGGCCGCCACUUUGUAGGGAAUUCCAUGUAAUGAGGCUGCCUAAAAGGCUUUCAGACUUUAUCAAGCAAUAAAAGCCUCGGGUUUCCAGCCCGCCACUAUUACCUGGCAGUACUGCAGGCUGUUGUCAUUAAGCAGAGUUUGCGGUGAGUUGUGAUGGUGGUGGAAUUAUUGAGGAUUACUGGCCCUCACCCUUGACCCGACCUCUCCAUUUAGCCUCAGCCUUACAUCUUGCCUGAGAUAUGUUCCAGUUUCCUGAUGGAUUUCAACAUUUCUCAGAUAAUCUCCAAAGUAUCUCUCCAAUUUACAGCUCAGGCUUGCCGUCUUUUCUCCUGUUUUAAGAUCUUAUCACAUUCUUACGGGGAUUUAAGAGGUGAUUAUGUUGACACUGGUCUUUAUCUGGUUUCCAACAAGGACAACUAUCAGAGUGUAAAGCGACACUGUAGGUGAGGUUUGUUUAAAUGGGGAUUAGUGCGUUUACAAACCCCUGAUAUUAGAUUCUUGAUAAAUACGCGAUAAGACAAAAAAGCCAUAUCAUUUCAAGACAUUAGAUUGGAAGUCUAAAGUCCUUUAGAUGGAAUCCUAGUCAACAUAAUUAUGGGGAUAAAAUAUGUUUAAGAAAAUAUAACAAAGACAGUGUUUGACCAAUAAAAAAGGAAAGUUGGUUGAGUCUUUGGGCUCACGCCUACAAGUUUCAUCGGAUAUUUUGAUGUUAUUGACACAAAUCCCAUAAUACCUCUUACUCACAUGUAGUAAUUCAAUCUCAUUCUAACCAUAUCCCUAAAAUAUUUCACAACAUAGCAUGAAUUCAACAAUGUGGGAUCAACACAAUUGCAAAUUUCCUCGUGGUCUUUUAGAUUUUUUUCCCCAUCCAUUCCCUUCAGUCCAGUCCUGUUCUCAUGACUGAAUUUGGUGACAUCUCCACCGUGGCAGUAGGAUUUAAUAUUCACUUAAAAUCACUGCCCAGCCAAAGCAAUAUAAGACAAAUCCUCUUAACUCCCUCCAUCCUCCAUCAGCACACUUACUAACUACUGGAGCAGAGAGUACAACCGGACAAAUGCCCCUGUAAAAGUUUUUUUUCUGCUGAAGAAAAAAAAAAACCUUUUCCUUCCUUCUACCUCCUUCUUUGCUCUUCUCCUGCACUCCCAUGUGGGGUGAUUUAAGACGGGCAAGCUAUGGAGAAACUGUUGCCCUCCAUCUCUCCCCUCCUCCCUCUCAUUCUCCCUCUCCUUUGGCCUUAUUACAGGCUGUCAGUUUAUUAUAAAACAUUAGGAAAGCAGAGGGACACUUGCAGUUACUGUCCUAUCGAUCGGCAGGGAUAGAUUCUGUGAUUUAGAGUCAGCCUCUGCUCGCGCCCUCCACAUUCUCGGUCUCCUAUUAAGGCACCAGCGCUUUGCUUUGGCUAUUGAUGUCUCAACAUUAACAGUUACAAGCUGCUACAGAAAAUCAAUGUUCAACUUUUAUUACCGACUGCAUAACACACAGGACCUCCCGCCAGCUGGUACUUAGCAGUCAAAAGGAGGCACGGAUGGUCCGCCCGGUACAUCAGGUGUUUUCUAAGUGAUAUCUGCAGUGAUAUCAAUCAUGUGCACAGCAUAUAGGGGCUUCCAGGGGCCAGUCGAGGGCCUGAGAGCUUCAGGGUAGAGCAACGAAGGGUAGAGCUCACCUAAGAAAUCAGCACGUGUUUACAAAUAUCUGCUCUAAUCCUUAAACUAGAAUUUGAGGAAGGAAGAGGAGCGCCCAAAACUGCUCAUUUCCCACAGAUUGGCAAACAUCUGUCUUUUAAGCACUUCUUGAUGUCCACAACCACCUCGAAAAAACAAACAAAAAGAAAAAAAACAACACACACGUACGCAACUGAACACCUAAAUGUCAUCAAGUUUGAAAAAUAAUCGAUCCCUACAACUAUCACCACCCGACAAGCAUCCAUCCAUCAUCAGCAUCAACCUGGAUGUGUAUGUGCUGUAACUCCGGUAGCGUUGAUCCAGAGCAGCUCAGGCUUCUCAAACAUUUAUGAGGGGCUACUGAGCAGCAGUACAGCAGUCCUUCUGGGACAAACAGCCCCCGGUCCUGUACUCUCAGUCCCGAUCAAUGGACCUGAAGUUCGUUACACACACUUUUCACCCGGACGGCGGCAACUGAUUUUUUUCUCCCCCUUCUCCUCCCCCAAUCUUCCAGCAGCGCACUGCUGGGGCUGCAUUACACUCGCUUGUUUACGUGACUGUGCGUUCAGGGAAAGAUGAGGGCAGAGAGGGUGCACAGGCGUGCAUUUCUGUGUGCGUAUGUGUGUGCUGCUCCCAAUGGCCAGAGCUUGAGGUUAUCAUUAUGUACAGGUCAGUCCGCCGCAAUGCUAAUGCUAAUGCAUUCUCAGUGGCCGCAGCUCAGGUCCCAGCGCUGUACGAACUAGGUUGCUACUCCUUUCCAAUUAGAGGCUGAGGGAUGUGUGUUUGGGUUAGGGAGGACAGGCCUGGGCUACCCUGGGCCCUGUGGAGAGCCGGCUCACAUUAGUCGAGGAAAACAGACUCGGAGAAGAAAUUGUGCAUACAUUUGAGGUGCGGUUGAAAAUCCCUCUUUUCAUUUGAGUCAUUUGUUGGCUGGAGAUCAUCUUUACUCUGGCUGUGAUUUCAUACAGCUAAAUAAUUGUUAUUUAGGACUUUUUACGUGUAAAGUAGUUACUCCUUCUCUGACUUAACAGGCUUUAAAUCAGUGUUUGGAUAAGGGAGAUAGCGGUCAGAGCUGCUAGAUGAUAACUAAAUGUGGCGUGCAGUCAUGAUCUAAUCGCCUCUCAACCUGUGAUUACGGUUCUUCGUCCAGUGCACUCUGAGAAGUUCUUACUGAUAUGCUCACAUUGUACCAAGUAUUGACGAACGUAUGAAACAGAGGAUAUAGAGACGCGACUCCUCAUUCUUCAAGUGUAUCAUAGGUCAGAGGUUUAGAAAUACAAAUGCAAUCGCAUGGACCCCCCGGUUUUACACAUCCGCCUCAUCAAUCAUUUGUGAAGCUGUAAACGUAAAUGACAGCCCUUCACUCUUUCAAUCAAUGCCUCAGUAGUAACUACUAGUGUUAGUGCUGCUGCUGCUGUUCCUGCAGCAACGACAUCUUUAUGACGAGACGUUUAUGGCCGCUAAAGCUCAUGAUGUGUCAUUAGCAUUACUCGUUGGACAAUCAUUACUUAAGCAAAACACGAUGUAAAAGAUGAAGGCGUGGGAUGAACUCAGAGAUUUAACAGUGAGGGGGAAGAUAACAGAGAUGACACACUGAGCGAUACUUUUGACCCCAUACUGCAAUUAUGACUUCCUUUUUUUCUAGAGUUGAAAAAUGUUUCGUUUUUUAGAAUGAAACACUGAUUUGUGACUGAGUUCACCCUUGAAUACGUUCAGGCCUACACGUGGAAAACGCUGACAGUUAGAGUAGAAGUAAAAAUAAUCCCCCACAUUUGCCUGUCGCCUAACAAACAAAUGGAGCCCGCUGGCAUCAGAGGACUGUGCGGUAUGCGGAUCGUCAGCCAUUGUGUUCCUGUGUGAAUGUGUACAGUGCAGAGGCAUGUGCUUAAACUAUGGUGGUGGUAAUCUAUAUGGUAGUCAGGUGGCUGCUAUAAGAUUAUACACCCUCUUCCCUUUGCUCUUUAAGCUUCUGUGUGAGUGUACGUGUGUGUGCGUGUGUGUGUGUCUUUGGACAAUGUGGUUACAAGAUACUUCUGGCAGGGCAGAGAACAGCAGAGCUUUAAGGUGGUGUGUUUGUGAGCUAUGGCGUGUGUGUGUAUGUGUAACCAGAGACAGUGAUUAAACGUUUUAAAGCGCAGAUGAUCCAACAGGUGCUCUGGCUGUCUCUGUCUUGUUCUCCCUCCCCCUUUCUCUCUCUCUCUCUCUCUCUGUGUCUGUAGCCCCCCAACCACUAACCACUCGGUGACCCCAACCUCUGAACCUCUACAACUUCUUUUCUUGUUACUUCUUUCUUGGUAUUUUAAGAAACAAAGCCAUGUAAUUCCACUGUCUUACACACGCUCAUCCGUGGAAAGAAAUAGGGUUGAUCAUGGUAGAACAAUGAAAGCCUUAUCUUCACACGGAUAUUUAUCAUAAGACAAAAAUGUGUCAAGAAAAGGUUUACUCCACACCACUGCCAGAUAUUCGUCAUGGCCUGUGCUAGCUGCCUUUUAAGCAUUACGCUGUACUCUGGUGCCACCUGCCACUGUUAUCCACACUGUAUACAUUACAAUGUAAGCCCUCAAAUUCCUGCAGUGCUCCGUGAUGACAAACGCCACAACCUUAAAAUAAAGCCUCCAAACAACUCACACAUGUCCUUUUGUACAUACAUUAGAUUUACAUUCAGAUUAUUGUUUCUUGAAGUAUUUAUUGUUGGUUUAACUUUGAUUACGCUAGUACUCCUGUGUUAUUAAGGCAUGAAGGUUGUGAAGCUAAACUUUCACCGUUUGAAAUCAUGCCAGCUGUGCACAUAUUGAAACAGUCCCAUUGUGUCCCCCCAAAUUCUUCCAAGAAAACUGGCACAACUCCCUGACCAAAGUGGUUACUAAACACAGACAGACACCCCGGACCACAGACAAACACACUCCACAGUAUCUUUUGUAUAAAGUAAGUGUUGUUGUGGCUUUCCGUCAAAAUUGCUUAUUUCCUCUAAUUUCCAUGUAUUGUGCAUUUUUAAGUCCAAACAUUCGGCGCAGUAGACACGCAGUUUAACUCCACUUCACUAAAUCGAGUCCAGCUUUGAGAGGCUGUGUGCAAACAUGUCUCCUUACAUUAGCCCAGAGAGAGAGAAGAGAACAGCCGCUGCCAUCCAAUACUUUUGAAUAAAUUUAAGCCCAAUUUGCACUUAAGUAAACUCUGCUUGUCACAUGACAGGGGAUGAAAAAUCCCACAGAGAACAAAGAAGUUAGAAGAGAAGUGGAAAACAUGCUGUGCAGUCUUUCUUUCGUCCAUACUCUACCUGCUGGCUUCCAUCAUCAAAUAUGUACGGGGAAAAGUAGGAGGGAGAGUGGGGUAAAUGUAAAACGAGAGACUGCAGAAGAGAGAGAAGGAGUGCGAAAGGGAGAGUGGGGGGGAAAUGACGCUAUGGAUUAACUGUCCUUCAUGCUGAAAAUAUACAUCCCCAGGCGCUUGGCACUGAAUUAUUAAUUCAAAUUUGUCAGAGAAAGAAUGAGAGAAAUCUAUUGACGGGGAGACAGGCCCUUUAAUGGUCUCAUUAAAGGGGAGGCUUCCCACACCAGGCACCUUCUGUACUGCUGCAGGAGUUUUUGGGGCAGCAGAGGGUUGGAGGGGGGUACUUGACCCCCCAAUGAUUUUCUGUCACUUCAUCAUAAACAAGAAAGGUUGACAUGCCCCUCCACUCCUAACAGCCUCUCUCCACCACCAAACAAACCCUGUGUGUAAUUAGCCACGGGGUGCAAAAGUGCACUGAAUAUAAACAAGGUUCACACGAACGCCUUGAUACAGCAACGACACACACUUGCAUAUUAUAGGCUGUGUCUACUUCUGCUGCUGCUGCAGGUUCAAAUGAAGUGAGAGGUGAAGUUUUAAGCACCGCCUCUCAAAUAAAACAAUACAGAGUAAAUUCAUUAGAUAAUUUGGUAACACUUGAUUUGACGCUUAUCUGUAUAACGCAUUAUAAAUAUAUGUAUAAUGCGUUAUAAUCAUGUUGUUACACUGUAUAACUAUAGUUAUAAACACUCAUAAAUUAUCAUAAUGCUCUAUAGCAAUAAUCAUAACACAUUAUAAAGCAUUUUAUCAUGACUUACAAGGUCAGGUAUUAUAAUGUGUUAUAACUGUUAACAACUCACUGACAAUGCCUACAUAAAUAAUGCAAUGCAACUGAUGUUCACAGUUAUAACACAUUAUAAUACCUGACCUUGUAAGUCAUGAUAAAAUUCUUUAUAAUGUGUUAUGAUAAUUGCUAUAGAGCAUUAUGAUCAUUUGUGAGUGUUUAUAACUAUAGUUAUACAGUGCAACAACGUGGUUAUAACGCAUUAUACACAUAUAUUUAUAAUACGUUAUACAGAUAGGCGUCAAAUAAAGUGUUACCCAAAAUUUAUUUCCAUUUCAAUACUGAAUAAACUUUUUUGGAUCGUAAUCAUUUAUUUAAUUUCUCCCUGUCAAUCAAGUAAAACGGUGAAUAGCGAUCCGACUUGAAGCUGUAUGUGUGAGUGGAGUGUAUAGGUGAUGGUUUUGUGUCCAUAUGAUCCAGACAACAUAAGGAAGGUGAGAGAGCAGGGACCUGUGGGUGCACUGUGCCAUUCGAGGUCAACUCAUUGAAAGGCACUUGGUUUUGCCUCCAGGGGUAUUCAAGAAAGGGGGCAAUAAGACCUGGAGAAGGGGGGGGGGGGACGAGGGAGACCACAUAGGGCUAAGCACCAGGUUCAUUGCUGAUUCAAGUCUCUCAGCAUCCCUCUGGCAACUGGAUUUUCAUAAUGCUGAGACAAUGUGAUUUUUUUUUUUUUUUGCCCUGUUAAAAUGAGUACACAGCUUGUCAGAAGUGAACAGCCGCAAAUGGAGCCAGCGGAUAAACAUAUUUUCAGCCAAGAAUUAAAUAGAAAUUCAACUAUUUGAAAUGACUUAUUAGUUGAAAAGUAAUAUUGGUUUGACUUUUGGUUAUUUGUUUGUUUUUUUGCCAUAGACACUGCCCACUUGCUUGGUUAUCUUGACCCAUAAUGGCUUUUUGAUUGUUGGAGUCGACUAAUUAAUCAUUUGGCCAAUCCAAAGUCCUCAGAGCUGAAGUUCAUAUCUUUAAAUAUCCUACAAUAUACUUAUUAUCCAAAGAAUGAAAGCAAAAGGAAUUAAGAUAUGUAGAAAAAAACAUUAUUUCAAAAUAAAAUAGUCUCAACAGACUAGUCAGUGCCGGAUUUAUUUCUUUUAAUAAAUGAGACAGCCAAUAAUUACCACAACUUACAUUAAAAAAAAAAUAUAUAUACAUAUAUCUCUUAUACAUAUUUCUUAUACAUAUUCCUUCUGUUAUUAUUCUCCUUUGUCUGUGCCCAUCUGUUAAAGCCCUCAAAGUCCAUAAUAACACAUCCAGUUGAGACCAGCUGAUCCGGGAUGUAAAUUUGUUUCUCUUACUCCAAAGGACAAAUCCCCUGCACCUUCCAGCCAGCAUAGACAAUGAGCCGGGCUUGUCUUUUUCCAGCUCAAAGCGUCUGUUCUCGUGUUUAUUUUAUCGGACCUAAGGCACUUUUCCCUUCCUCUCAAUAUCUGUCAACCUCCCUCCAUCGCCCCGCUUAGCCCUUCAACCCAUCCUUGGGCGACAGAACUGAACUGGCCGCUACCUGUUUAGCUUAACAACAAUAGCAAUGUUGUCAGCAGAGGUUUAGAUUUGACUCAGUAUAUCCCUAACUAGACCAUACCUGCUUAAUUCUCUUUUACAGCUGCGUGGCGUUCGGUCCCCUGAGGGGCUAAACAGCGGUGAUGAAAUUGAGGAUUAUGCUUUUCUCCGAUACACUGACAAAAGACAGUCCCAUUGGUGGCUUAUUUCCAGAGCAAGGGGUCAUGGGACAGUUAAUAUUAUGCAUUGUUAGAGAAGAGGUUAUUUGGCCCCUGGACAUUGGGCUCUUAGUUAGCUUGAGGGCAUGUAGAAACACUGUGUUACGGUAUGCUGGUCGGAUAAAGGGUCACUUUUCAAGAUGAAGGGUCAGUGUUCACUUGGUUAUAAUUGAGGUCUUAGGGCUCAGACAAACUGGUGUCUAUAACAUGGAGAUAUGAUUUUUUUUGUGGACAAGCCAUAACCAAGCAAGCAAGGUAUGCAGAUUUAAGACAGUUUCCGAUAAUAUUUAAAAAGAUUUCCUUCAUCAAAAAAACAGAAUGACUUAGACUAUGAAAGUAGUGUUUCCAGUUUUAACCCUAGUCUAACCCUACUGCAUUGCCUAAGGGCAGCAGUAUUCUUCAUCAAAAGUGUUUGGUCCAUGGUUGACGGCAUCUGAAACCUCUAACCCCCACGUUAUCCCUGUCAAGAAAAUAAGUCUGCACCAGACUUUUUCAUCUUUCUGCAAACAGGUAUCAUGUAUCCCUGUGGACUUGUUGGAGUCUGAUCUUGAACAGUCCUCAGUCUAAACUCCAAAUGUUCAUGUUUCACCGUAUGAAGCAGCUCUCUAUAGUCAAAGUUGUUAUAACAUGAGAUCAAAACAGCGCUGAUAGAACUAACGACAACUAAGCCUUGUUGAUGCUAGUUAUCCUGUUAGCCUUUUGGUGGAUCAAAUCCCAAAGAAGCCCCGUUAUGUGUUAGGGAGUGUGCAUCUACAGUCCCCCACCCCCCCAAUUUUUUUCCUGAGCUAACCCCUACAAGAAGGCAUACUAUCCCAGAAAAUGGAAAUCCCCAACUGGGACUUGGAGGAAAACAAGGAAGCUGCGAGCUCCAGGGAGGAGGGAAACUUGUAUGUUGGCAAGCACAGACAGAUCAUACUCUAACGUGGAAGUAGAGGCUCCUGAAGAAGGAAACAUACAGACUAAAUCGUGGUUACUGUGGAUACUUUUUUCUCUAACACAAGACCCAACUUCUAUAUCAGACCAUUGCAACAUAUAUCAGAUUGUAGCCUACUCUGGUGAUACCGUUGACCAUGUGGCCAUUGACCCUUACCCUGUGAACCUUAUUUGCUUUGAUAGCCCUGUUUUUUGACACCCAUAUACACAAACACACAUUCUCCCAGUGAACACGUAGCUCUACAUGUUGUUUAUAGUAGGACUCAGUCCCCUUAAACCUUCCCAUAGUCAAAGGUUAUUAGGUUCUCUUCUGUCACCACCCCCGUCUCUGAUUGGAGCCCUGCUGCGAGGCAGAUUUAUAAUGAAUAAAGUAGCAGGGUAUAGUGUUUAACUGAUAACAAUCCAGUAGGGUGCCAUAAAGAGGACUGGCCUGAACAUGGGUUCAACUACUUGCUCUUUGAAGCACCGCUGCCGUAGUAAAACGGUGUCUCAGCUUUGACAGGCUCAUAUAAAAGCCUGUGAAAGUCCCUAUUGGAGAACCGGGGUGCUUAAUUCCCGCCUAUGCAGGAAGUGACCGGUUUCUCUCCCACUCACGUUUAAUUGGCCAAGUUUACUGACAGCACUUGACUCAAUAACCGUUUAUGGUCCAAGAGUUUUAUGUGUUGUUUUUGGACCUGGCAGGAAACACAUGUUGUCUGUGAGGCAGUAUGAACUGGCAGCAUGUGACUGAGAGGGAUUUUAUUGAUUGAAGCAAUAACAGUGUAAUAGGAGAGAACAUGGACUUACUUUACCAUGUUUAACUGUGGCCUCCAUACGCGGUACCAGUCUUGAAUAAAAAAGAGAGUGUGAGUAGGUAGUGGCUUUGUGUCAGAGCAUCGUGAUGGAAUAUUAAGGUUUGUGUGUGUGGGUGGGUGUGUGAGGGAGGGGGGUUUUGCAGUUUGUCUGGAAUUUUAAGUGAAAUUUCAGGUGAUUUUUAAGGUUAACGUAACCACAUCCUUUCUCUUCUUCAAAACUGAUAAAAAGUUGUUCAAAGUGACUGAAUAAAACUCUUUCCGAUUGUUCAACUGACAAAAUUUACACGUGACUUUUAAUUAAACUGGUUUCAUUUUCAGUCUGGAUAAUUGUGUUUUUAAAACUUUAUGGUAAUAAAUAACUAAGGUCUAGCUGUGCAGUGCAGUAUAAUUCCGCCUCUGGCUUUUACAGCCAUGAGCCACUUAUGCCUGUUUGCUUGUGCAGAGAACAGUGAACUUUGACACCAAGUGAUAUUUUUUUAUUUAUCUUAUCAGAGAUUUUUUUUUUUUUUUUAACACAUCACUGUGUCCACUCUGUAAGGCAUUGUUAAGAGCAGAUUGUAGUAAUAGGAGCGAGUAUUUCUACAAGUGAAUGUGUCUAAAUGCUGUGUGUGAGUGUCAGUCCCCAGAGCAGGUUGAUUGUAAGGGGCAGUAAAAGAGCAAAGAAAAGCACAUGCUGACACACACACACACACACACACACACUCAUAGCACAGAGAAAAUCUAGUCUAAUUAAAAAGCACAGCAGUGAUUUCAGGGGCUCUGUUCAAGUUAGAGCGAGUGUGUAUUUGAGUGUGCGCUUGUGUGUGUGUGCUUUUGCAUUAGUUCACUGGCUUCAGCGUGAUCGCCCGUCAAAUGAAACAAUGUAUUCUGCGGGACCUGGGGGUUUCCAUUUGAGUAUUCAGACGCGGCGCUGCAACAAACUGUGGCUGUUUUAUGUGAAAAAAAAGUUGAUAAUUAGUCCCACAGUGACUGAACAAUGAGAUGGAGAGAGAAAGAGAGGAAGGGGGGCAUUGGAGGAAGAGCAGAGAGCGCUUAGCACAUUUAAUGCUCGGACUUGACAAUGUCUGGGCCGGGAGUCAUUGAUCAGUUGUUGAUUUUCUGUUUUUGUGUUUCCCCCCAACCUUUUCUGACUCCUUCAUCUUCCCUCUCAUGCGUUUUAAUGAUCAGUAAAUUGGAGCCAAUUUCCUUGUCUGAUUUGAUUAACAGCAGAAUUGAGAGACAUUUUCCAUCAACCAGAUUGGUUUGUGCCUGGUUCUGCUUGAUUUUUCCCAAACAGGGGUGUACAGCCAAGUAUUGUCAUUUUUGCGUCUUAAAAAAAAUACUUCGUUUUUGUAAGCCUUCAUUCAUUAUUUUUUCAGAAGGGGCUCUGGUAAUAAUUAGCAAUUAAAAUGCUGUCUUUUUGCUUCACUUUCCCCUAAUUAGCUUGACAUAGACAUUGGGUACUAAUUCUCUGUAGAUCCCCCCCCUUAACAUUCGCACAUACACCCAUCAGACUCCCCUCCAUGUACGUACACACUCAUGCAGACACGCAAACACGAGAUCAUGUUUCGGGGAAACCAUGGCAACACCUCACAUGUUUUUGCUGUGAUAUGGGAUCACCUUGUCAUGUUGGUCCAAAAUUAAACAAAUCAAACUCAGAAGAGGCUCUGAUAUGUCUGAAUUAUUAAGCAGUGGUAGGUUUUGUUGUUAUAACCUGUCUCUACUGCAGAAAACACGUCUGAACUUAAAAUGUAAUAUUAUUUAUUAUAAAGGAGAUAAGCAGAUUUUUGAACUUUAAUGUUAUGUACCUUAAAAUAAGAUUUGUAUAAAAUAAUUUGAGUGCAUUUUUUUUGCUUAAAAUUUCUACUUAAGUCUAAAAAAGCAGAUAUACAGGCACAAAUUAUGCGAUAAAUAUCAUUCUUUAACUAAGUUUACCUGUUUACUGAAUAAGCAAAAAUUAACAUUGCAAAUCAAAAAGUAUCUGAUAUAGAAAGAAGAUUUGGAUGCCUGUGCAGAUAAAAAAACAAGCAUAUUAUUUUUCUUGUUGACCUGCGUAGGAUGUCUGUGUGUUUAAAGCCUAAAGCCCACACUCUGCUUGGUUAGCUUAUGUAAGGCUACAUUAAUGUCCAUGUUGGUGGUGUAAAAGGCAGUUCAGGAGGCUGACGGUGGGGGGGUGGGGGGUCAGACAGCUGAGUGGCAGCAGGAAAAAGCACAUGUCAUGUUUGUUUGGGACCUCCUUUGUCACAGGCCACACCCUCUCCCCCUUUUCCUGCCCUUCUCUUGGCCUUAUUUAGCCCCACGCUGUGUCACCCAGGGGUCAGGGUGAGCAUGCACACGCUACGCACACUAGUUUAUACGCAGGCAACACAAGAGCGCACACACAUACACACGCAUACAGAUUGCAAUAGCAUGGUAGAGUGCAUCAUGGAUGGAAGUGCCUUGAAGGACCUGCUUCUCAUUCUCUAGACCUCAUUAGCCGCUGAUUUAUCUCCCCCUCCCUCCCCCCUAAUGCUCUGGGUGGGUGGAUGAUGUGUGUGUGUGUGUAUGUGUGUGUGUUUGUGUGUGAGUAUUUGUGGGAAGGGAAUACAGUGAGAGAAAGAAAUAUCAUGUGUAUUUCCAUGGAUUAGUCUCAGUAUGUGUGUAUGUCUCUGAGAGAGAGGUGGAUUUAGUGUGAAAGGUAGUGUAUCUUAGCGUGUGUGUGUGUGUGUGUGUGUGUGUGUGUGUGUGUGUGUGUGUGUGUGUGUGUUGGUCCGGAGGUGUCAACUAGACAGAGGGACUCUGUCAUUCCACAUUAGCCUGCUGUGAGCACACUCGACCUGGGGUCAAACAGAUUAAUAAAAGAUCACACAGACACACACAUACACACACACACACACACACACACACAGAGCUGCUUUCUGAUUAAAUAUUCUGUAGCCCUGCGCUUCAUAAUCAUGACAAGUACACACAGCGCUCCUGUCCACCAUUAUCCAUUUAGCACAUUUUUAUCUUGUCUUGCAACAAUCUGCUCGACUCCCCAGUGAGCUUAUUAUUGUCAAGGAAAAGUGCUUAUAGCUGCGCGUAAAGGUAGGAUUUUAGAAAGAUGCAAAACAUAUUUUGCGCAGUAAUUAACAGAAGAAAAAAGACUUUCUCUCGCUGCUGUGAAAGUGAUUGCUAAUUUUCACUGCUUUGUAAGACUAUGAUUUACACCAAAAGAACUACCUCUUGUUUGUUGUGAUGUUAAAAAAUGGUAAAGGCAUCAGGUUAAGGAGCAGCACCGGUGCUGAUAUGACUUUAACUCUGCCCUACAUAAUUCAUGGACUCAUGGGGAAUGAAUCUCUCAGGAGGAGAACCUUUUUUGCCUUUACCUGAUUCCCUCUACAUCGCAGUCUCAGGAGACGAUCCAGUGGAAGAGAGAUGAGGGGGGUGUUUCGUCAUGCGGUCUAUUUUGGAGUACUCUUAAGUCGAAAGUUUAAAAAAAUGUGCUACAACUAUAGAUCUCAUGUUGUGGAACUGCCCUGGAUUAUGGAGACACAUAUUUUCAAGUAAUUUUGUCUUUUAAACGGAUUGUGGCAUUCUGUCAUUUGUCUCUGAAUUUAAAAGAACAGAGCGUCCUGAAUCUAAGUCUAAUGAAAUCUGAAUUUGUUGUAAAGCAUAAAUGCAGCUGUAAGCCGCUUAUAUGACAAAAUAAAGACAAAAAAUGUUCAGAACAAUGCACUUUUUUGUAGAUUUAACAUUUCUGUGAACACCAUACACGUAUUUGAAAAGUGUAGUUUGGAAUCAAAUCAUCAUUGAUACAUUGAUACAUCAUUUUCUUCUAAUGUGGACAAAGCCUUUUGAAACUAAAUUAGAUGUGUGAGGAUUCAGUCUUUGUGUCAGUUCUGUAUUUGAUUCUGUGUUGAGAUUGUCAAAGUGUCAUCUCGUCUGACCUUUCUGAUGUGCCUCCGUCUGUAGAUGUGAAGAACCUGGAAAACUUCCACCUGGUAGAGAGCGUCCAGGAGCAGGUCAACGCGGCGCUGCUAGACUACGUCAUGUGCAACUACCCGCAACAGACGGACAAGUUCGGCCAGCUGCUCCUCCGACUGCCAGAGAUCCGAGCCAUCAGCCUGCAGGCCGAAGAAUACCUUUACUACAAACACCUGAAUGGGGAUGUGCCCUGCAACAACCUGCUCAUUGAAAUGCUACACGCCAAAAGAGCUUAGGAGGCAGACUACGUUACCCACAACGCAGCUGUGCAGACAUUCUGAGAGUUUUGCUGUGGCACACAAACUCCGAUGUUUUCACCACACUGAACCUUUCGAACCUUAAGACUUGACUGUGUAAUGUGCACACACAAACAACACAUCAAUCCCUUUAUGGUAAAAAGAAACUUCUGCAGAGGAGCAGCUUCUUCUCCUAAACCACACAGACAAUUUACUAAAAGGAAGAAAAAAAAACAAAAAAAAAACACUUGAAAUAAACUGCAUUUGACACUACCAGAUGGGAAGUAAUUGUCGGCACUUGCACAGACUAUCAAGCCUGGCAGGCUGCAACGUAAAGAAUUAACAACCCUUGAGUGUUUUAAUGCUGGUGACACUGGGAAGCUUUUUGUGCUGAGAAAGGAAGGUGAGUAACAGCGCACAUCUUUCAAACAGCUUUGCCAUUACAGCCGCGGCUUAUUCUGGUUGACGCUCCUUUGGUGUGCUCUCUCACUGAAACCAGCUCUCAGUUAUUAUUGGUACUGUAAAGACAAAAGGACAAGCAUUCAACCGGGCCACAGACUUUUACCUACCGUCACGUCUGUUUUUCUCGAACUCACGUAAGAUGCCUACCCUGGCAGCUUAACCUGACUGAAAAACGGAGAACUGGAGAUUAAAAAAAGGUCUAAAAAAGGAACUUUCUUUAAUGAACAAAAUAAUAAACAGGCCAAUAAGAAGAAAAUACGAUGCUUUUUUCUCUUGUAAUGGAAGUCGUUAGCUCCUCAUGGUCACCUUGUGGUUUCCCUUUCUUAUUCCAACCCCCUGAAUCAUCUUAAACUAUGUACCUCAGAAAGACCAGUGUUAAAUAAAUUCAAUUAAUAAUGUCAGCAAAAACAGUUGUAUUUAUAGCCCAUUUUUCCCUGCAAAGCAAACAAGAAACACCAUCUGUUUUUAUUACUUCAUCACAACUGGAACAAAGAAACAAAGCGUGAUUCUGGAGAUGGUGAAGGACCGACCCUGCCUUUGUCCGGAAAGACCAAAGCCUGCUGCAGAACAGAAGAAGUAAAUUACAAAAACCUAAAUAAUCAGUAUUAUAAGAGAAAAAAAAAAAGAUUUGUGAUGUCACAGUUAUGUGAGUCUUGCCUUAUUUCAUUACCAUGCUAGCUAACCGUGCAGAUGUGAAUGGAAAUAUGUACAAAUAUAUAUAUAAAGUAUUAAUGUUGUAAAAUUUUAAAAAAGAGUAAUUCAACUGGUGUUUACAUUCAUGUGGUCAUGGGAGAGAACUGUGAUAAAGCAAAAAUUGCAAAGCAAUGAUUUCCUAAAAAAUGAAAUCAACCAAAUGAAAUGGAAAAAAAAAAAAAGAUCCCUCUGGUUUGCUUUUUUGGAGUGUGUACAGUGUUUUAUUUUCUAUUGUUUUGAGCAGUACUUAAAUUAUGUCGUGAGACACUAAAAUCAAUAAGGAAUCACACUUAAAUAUUAAUUUCUAUCUGUGUCUGCUGGCAUUCAAACAUUUGUUUCUUAAACAUUUCUGUAUAGGAGUUCCGUUUGACUUUUCAAUUUUUUGUAGUCUUUUUACUUUUUAUUUUACAGUGCUUUUACCUAUUUGAUGUACAGUGUGUCACUGGUUACGCUUAAUAAUGAAGAUAAUUUAUUGAGUCUCUGGGUUUCCAUCUAUGUGUUACAUGACGUGAGGUGUCCAUGCAAGAAUAAAUUUGUCUACUGUAGCAUGUUCUUGUUUUGUUUUGGUUUAUCAAUGCAGGUCUGGAGCAAAAAAAAUAUGGGCUUUCAGAGGAAAAAAAAUAAUUAAACCAAUUUGUUUUGUCUUUUAGAUGUUAAUGCAAGUCUGUAAAUGGAGUUGUAUUUAAGUGAGUAGGUAUGAAAGAUCUUUCUGCCCCAUUGGUUCCCUUUAUUGACGUUAAACUUGCAUCAUUUUUCUGUCCAGUUUGCUCUUUUACCAAAGACUGCAUCUUUCCCCUCUGAGCUGUGACCUCUGGUAUUGUGUCCAACAUGAACAAAACUUAGCGUUUCUUUUUUUCUCUUUUUUUGUCCUCUUAAAACAUGACUUCCUAACUUAUUUCCAUGUGGAGUUUUUCACAUGUUCUGUGGUUGUUACUGCUCUUUCAAUAUGUCCAAACACUUGCCUGUCGCAAGCUGUUUUUGUUUGUUUACCUAUCAAUAUGUUCUUGAUUGAGUCAUAAAACGAUGAAAAGUCCCUUAAUGUGGGUUUAAUGUACAGAAAAUUCACUGAAAUCCUGAGACAUCAAGCUGUCCCUGGUCCCAGGCUCCAUUUUCUUACAUUUUCUUACUGUGUCUAUUGAACAGACAAUCUCUCAUCACCCACUUCAUCGAGUCUGUGUUUAAGUUCUGCAGCUGCUUUGAACUUCCUGGAACAUGAAGAUGAACUCUACACCACAUGCACAUUUAUGUGGUUACAGCAGAGGUCCAGUUUUUUUUUUUUACUUAAAGUUUGACGGAAAAGAUGCUUUUUCUUCUCAGAGCUUUUAGGUAAAAGAAACAGUGUUUUGUCAUUUCAGCUGUGGCUUAAGCUACAAUCUGUAUCCAAGAGUACCUUCCAAAACGAAUUUGUAUGCAGGAUAAAUGUUUUGAAGGCUUACCAAACGACUAACUUUUUUCAUCCACAUGCUCAUGCAUACCUGGUCCCACAAUGCAUCCAAAUACUAUUUCUCUGCUGCUUGUACAUGUCUUUUGCCCCUCCUGCUGACUUCCACUCUUCCCCCCGUCAUCACCCUUGUCACAGCGUGUCUCUCUGAGGCUGACUGAAAUUUUUCUUCAUAUUUCAAUAAAUGAUUAUGAUGCUUAUAA